AUGUUUGUCCCCCUGCCGGUCCCCUUCGUCUUUCAGAGAACAGCGUCCGACUUCAGCGCCUGGAGACUCAAGUCCUCGCUGGCUCCACGGUCCAGCCCCGGUAAGACCCUCUUUUUUUUUUUUUACCCGGUGUUUUCUUUUUUUUUUUUCAUCUCUCCAGUGUGCACCUACACAGAAACCAAAACCAUGUCAGAAUAAUCUCUUCACUCUUUAAAUUAAACCACAAAGAUCACACACUUUAGUCUGACUUUAGCUCCUCUACAGAUUUAACUCACAGUCAGUUUAAACACUCCAAAGAUCAUGAAUGAAAUACACGGACAUAAAUACAACCCCUCUAUUUAUUUAGAAAGAUUAAACACUCAAACUCCCUGCAAGCGUUUUCUCAAGUGUCCAAGUUUAACUGAAAGAUUCAUUUACACCCAAAGAAAAUCAACAUGUUCCAUUUGCACUAAAUUCUGCUUUGAUUUCUGCUUUUUGUGUCUAAAAAUGCUGAACUACAUCUUUUACUUUAUCACUUGUUAAUAGUAAAUUCUAAGGGUUCGUAUCACGGACCAUUUUUUUUGUCUUUUCGGUGAACGACCAGGAAAAAAUUCAGGAAGCAGAGAAUUGAAUUAAAAUACUUACUCGCCUUUGAAUCCAAAAUGCGCAACCCAAAAUUGCAUGCAUGAAUAUCGGGCUCAUUAGCAUCCAUCACAGUCUCACGGAGGCGCCACACGCUCCCCCUCAUCUUUUCCCUCUUUCAUUCAUGAGCAAUUUAUCCAUCUCAAACCCUCAUUCCAUCUGUCUCCUCUCCUCUCUUCUCCUCGCUCCUCUCCUCUCCUCCUUCGCUCAUUCUCACCCGGGUUAGGGGGGAAUAUUCAUGGUCAUCCAUCGAUCAGGAGGUAUUGAUCUCCGGGCUGGGGGUCGCAUUGGGAAAACAGGAGUACAGUGAAGUUGGCGGGGUGAGAAAGUUUGGCUAAAGUGGAGAGGAAGGAAACAGAGAAACAGAGGAUUAAAGCUCUUCAACAAAUGAUGUUUACAGAAACAAGUGACUUUAAAUCUGGAGUCAUAGUCCUUGAGUUUUUGAGUGUAAAAUAAUACUGAGCAGCUAGUUAUUGUCUUUACACUCUGAUCAAUAAUGAUUUUAAUGCUUUUUAUGCUGUUUUUUAAUCUCUCGUAAUUACGCUUGAGAUUUCUUUUCUUUUGCAGGUAAAUUAAAAAUUGAAAGAAGAUAAAAUCACAGGAUCUGUUUUGCAGAAAAGAAGCGUUAAAAGCACAUUAAGAGGUUUUUUUUGGUUUGUCCCAGCGACCACACACUAGAGGUCAAAGUUCAGCUCCGAAUGCACCUGCUUUCCUCUCAUUUCCGUCACCUGUAUGAGUUUGAAAAGUGCGACUUGUUGGCGUCUGUUUGUGUUUUGCGCAGGAGCGCGUCUACAUAUUCAAGGUGGGGGGUUCGCAAAGAAGGGUGACAGUGAAGCUCCCCCUUUUUCCCCUCCCCCCUUAAUCCACCCAGGCGGAAAUUUCAAAUGACAUCUUGGGGGUGGAGGGGGGAGUAGGUGUGCGCACGAGUCGUGCCGUGGCGUGCUGUGGCGGGUAAUUCAGGCUAUCACCUUAAGUAGGUGUCAGGAGGAGAAAAACGGUUGAGGUUUUAAUGAGAGCGGCUCUGACAGGCAACAUAUAAGCGCCGGUUUUGGGCUGGUGGCGUUUGAAAAGAGGGGGUGGGGUCAAUUUCUCUGUUGGUCCUUUAAGAAAUUAAAGUGAAAGGAGAAGAAGAAGAAGAGAGGUGGGGGGCGGGGUUUGAGGGAGAGAGUGAAUGAAUAAGAGAAUGAGCGAGUGCAUACAUGAAUAAUGAAUGAAUGAGAAGGUGAAAGUGUCAGUGAGAGAAUUAACAGGUGAACGAAUCAGAGGAUUGAAUUAAUACAAGAAACUGAGAGGCUGAGGGAGAAGGAGUGGAUUAAUAAGAGAAUGGAUUCAAAAGUGAGUGAGAGCCGUGAUGAAAUAUGUUUGUAAAUGAAAGAAUCAAUCAUUUAUGGAGGGAAAGGAUGAAAAAUAAGAAAGAAGUCAGCAGAGGUGGAAAAAUGAGCGACUGUAGCAAUUCCUCCUCAUGUUUUUUCAUCCUGUGGAAAAGGGUCAGAGAGCGUGUACGUGCAGCUUUUUCAUUUAAACAUGUUAGUGUGAUAAGCAGCCAAUCCACACGAGAGGAAUAAACUUGGUAGCAGAGCAAAGGCCAACACUCAUCCCUCAUUUCCUCCUCUGUUUUUUCCUCCUCUCUCCUCCGUCUUUCAUCCUUAAUCUCCUGAGAGAAAGAAACUCACAAUCCGCUGCUUCUCAUUCUCUCAUUUCUGUGAAGUAUUCACUUGACACGAAAGCCUUUUCAGAAAAAUGCAAACUCCCCUCUCUCUCCCUCUCUCUCUCACUCCCUCUUUUACUCUCUCUCUCUCUCUCUCUCUCUCUGUCGCUCCCCGCGGACAGGGAGGUUGUUGAAUUGGAUUUGCCUGGUGUGGUUUGGCCGGGGCCCCCAUAAGCCACUUUAGCUAAGUCUGUUACCCACAAUUCUCUGUCUCUCUCUGAUCUGCGCCUUUGACCAAGGUGUGCGUGUGUGCAGCUGUGCGAUUGCCUGCACCUGUAAGUCUGAGUGUGUCUCGAGUGUGCGCGUGUGUGUGUGUGUGCAUACGCCGGUGUGUCAGGAGCAGAGACGGGGUGUCAGGAGUGUAAGACGAGGUGAGCGAGGUUGGGUGGAGAAGCAGGGAGAGAGCGGUCCUAAACAGCAGACGUUAGCAGACAGUGGUUUUACAGUGGAUCUAAACUGAGGGCUUAUGGGUUUUUUGUCAGCUCGACUCUUUAACACUACAGUGUGGAGACCGCUGGCCUCAGCUCAGCCGGGCCUAGGACACGUCACCGCGGUAAAACGCUUUAAAACACUCACUGGAUUGAAUUUGUUAUCACAGACUCACAGUAGUUUCCCUCCAUCUCUUAUUUCUCCUUCAAUUUCACACUCAUGUUUUUGUGUGUAUAUAUAUCAUUUGAUUGAAGGCAAUAAAGAUAGAUCACUUUAUUAACUUAUAACACCCUGCACUUUCUUUUUGAGGCUUUACUUUUAUUAUUAAAAUUCAGGAAACAUUUAAAUCACAUUAUUUCACAGUUUUAAGUCGACAUGACUGAAGUUUUCCCUACAGGCUAGGAUUAGUGGUCGACUCAUAUCGUUUUUUCAAAGGCUGAGGCUGAUAAUGAGAAAGCAGGUUAGCUGAUCUAUAGCACAAAUAUCACAUAGUUGUUUUUUUUAAACAUUCGACUAACAAAUCUGAGAGUAAACUGCUGACCCUUUGAUCGUUUCAUGAAAUAAAAGUUGGUGUAAAAACACUUGGCUCUGUAAAAUAUCGCUACAAAUACCAGAGUAUUUCUGUCCAGCUAUCUGAAAUUCACAAAAAAAGAAAAAAACAUGCAAGGUAAAUAUUAACACUAUUAAUAAACUGAAUUCUUCUUAACAGUGACUGAUGUAAGUGUGAUUUUGAUUUGGAACGAUAAAAGCAAUAUCAGCCUUCUGAGAGCUGGUGCUGACGUGAUGCAGACGAUAUCAAAAUGCCAUUAAAGGGUCUACAUCUCACCAGGGUGUUUAAACACCAGGCCAAACCAGCACCUCGUGUAGGGCUAGACGAUAAACUGAAAAUUUAACAAUACCAAAAUUUACGACAAAAUUUACGCAAGUAACGAGUAAGAACAUCAUGGAGACAGUCUAUAAGAACCUCACAGAGGGAAUCUUAACCUUUAACCAAUGUGGUUUGGUAACCUAAACACUAAAGACAGAUGUCAGCUGCAGGAAAUAAUGAAUCUAGCCUCAAAAUCACAGGGAAGCCACAGAAACACUAAAGCUGUAUCUACAAGGAAGUGAUGAGGAAACAAGCUGUGAAGAUAGUAAAUGAUCCUUCUCACCCACCGUACAGUGAGUUCGUUAUACUUCGUUCAGGCAGACGGUAUCAAGUACCGAAGGCAAAUCGUAACCUCCUCAAAAACUCCUUCAUUCCUAACGCCAUCAGAGACUGAAUGAUAGUAGGUCUAUGUCUCUGUAGAUCUGCCUGUUGUGUGUCUGUUGCUGCUGUCCGUGUUACUGUUGAUCUGUUUUUAUGUUCACGAUGAGACUAAAGACAAAUUUCCACUUGUGGACGAUAAACAAACAAACGAACGACAAUAACGGACGUCAUUUUGCCUACGUCAGUAUAUUCCGUGUCAAAACAAAUAAAUGAAUAAAUCAAAGUUGGUUUUGGAUGUGUGUAGGUAGACUAUGGUCUCAUGUCCCUUUAAGACGCUGUCCUACGUCAGAGACGUGACUCCCGCCCCAUCCAGUCUGUAACAAAGAGGGAAAGACAGGAGAGGAGAUGGAGGACGGUUCAAAAGUAGACGAAGUUAACGUGGGAGGGGGUGAGAAGCUUGUGGAGUAGUUAUCGUCUGUUUCUCGUUAUCGAGGUGAACUGCUCAAUAUAUUGUUCACCUAUAUCGAGGCCAUAUCGCCCAGCCCUAACCCCACAUCUCAAACUUGGAAUCCCUCUCUAUUUGUCAAGCUGUUAGCUUCACGUUACUAGCGUUGUAUCUGUACUGGAAAGCUCACAAAGUCAAUCAUAGGAGGCGGCGCGGUAAUUAUGCACACGCACUGACAGCCUCCACACGCCAACAAGGAGCGGCGACAUAUUCGCUGUAUGAGAGGACUUUGAACUGUCAUCAACAUUCAGGAAUCAGCGAUUUGCAACGCUUAGAAGCAAAACAGGCUUUUUUUGAACAGCGCUAAUUUAAUUGUGCAUCAGGAGAACUGUCAUCCUGCAGCACAGAGAGCCUUUAGAGAACCUGUCAGCAGCCUCUCGUUCAGUCAUUUGACAAAGCAGUGACCACUCAAAGGUAGAGGAGCUUAACAAGGAAAUCAUUUAAUUCAUCGCUCUUGAUAACAAGCCUUUCAGUGCGGUGGAAAUGAGAGCUCCCACAGGCUGAUGAUGAUGAUGAUGAUGAUGAUGAUGAUGAUGAUGCACUUGUGUUGGCGUGAGUGUCGUCCAAAAUGAGUUUGAAAACAUCUGCGUGUUGGAAAUUGGCAGAAAUGUACAGAUUGAUUUAGUGAUGAACAAUCAGAUUGAAUAUUCACUUCCUGGUCGAUGAGCCUGUCCUUUCACAGAUCUGACCUGACAGUCUCAGUGUCUGCUGUGUGAUUUCCAGAGAGCAGGCUGGGCGGAGAGGGACCUGUGGCUGCUGCUGCUCUGUGCCACAACAAAGGAAAUCUAAAUGCUCUUUUAUUUUAUGUACACGGCUGUAAAGUCCUCCAGGGCCAGCGUGGCCCAUAUAAAACCAAGAGCUGUCAAAUUCUCCGAGAGACGGCACACGUCUGCAUUGAGAGGGAUGGUUUAUUUAUGUUGGCUACUCUGAGGAGCCUCUUAUCCACGCUGUAGUUAUCCAGCUUAGUGUUGAUUUUACUCCCCCAGUCCAACCUGUUCUGCUUUGAUUUUUGAUUUUUCCAGAUAUUUCACGUCUUAACGCGGCAGAAAAACAUACGAGCGAAGUGAUGAGAGGUCACGAGGAGAGAGAAUCAAUCAGAGAGGCUGUGCAAACAUAUUUUAAGCAGGUGAUUUUUGAAAAGUGAAAGAAACAACAGAAGAGAGAAGAACGAUCAAAUCCAAAUGAGCCGAGAAACAGAACAGAGGAAGGUACAGAAACAACAAGACAAUGAGGCGUGCUUACUCCAUCCUAGUCCAUUGUUUAACACCACUGCAAAGAAACUUUAGCUGCAGACUUCAAAGAAAAACCUCCUGCCCACACGCACACACACACACACACACGUACGCACACACACACAAAGUGCUUCGUGCUGCUCGAUAACUACCUUGUCUCCCACCCAGGAUCCUCACCUCGUGCUGCCCAGGAGGGGGGUUGUGUUGUGUUGUCUGGGCCACACCAAACUGGGCCUGAGCAAAGGCCCUAGUGCCAGGAUUAAUUGGCUGUUUUUAUGUGUGUGUGUGUUUGUGUGUGUGUGUCUGUGAGAGUUUGUGCAUGACAGAGUGCAAAAGUGUAUUAUGGCAAGUUUCCGUGAAGGGACUAGAGAAUUGUAUAAAGUUGGAGCAGCAUUUCUUUGUGUUAACUCAGUGUUAUUCUGAGCAUUUGUGAGUUUGUGAGCAUGUUUGUGCAAAAUAAGUGCGCAAAAAGUGUGUGUAAUUGUAUAAAAUAUGUGUGUUUGCAGCAGUUCCCAAAGAUUAGGUUGGAAAAGCUUGAAUGCAUGAAUUUUUUAAGUGUAUGUGUUGGCAUGAAGCUACCGUGGGUGUGUGUGCGUGUGUGUGUGUGAGCGAGGCAGACAGGUAGAUGAUUCAAUAAUUGCACGUUGAGGUCAGUUAUGGAUCCGUCCAGCAUGUGUGGUUUAUCUGAAAACCGCAAGCAGCUCAUAGCUGCCCAUUGUGUGAGUGGUUUUAACCUUCCACCGCUAUUGAUUAGCUAGCAUUGACUACUCUCCUGCCACACUAUUUGUUUAUGUGUGUGUGUGUGUGUGUGAACGGAUGAUUUGUGCGCAUGAGAAUUUGUGUGGGCUGGGGUUCGUGGUGACAUGAACGAUUGCAGCAAGUGUAGGAAUGCGAGCAAGUGUGCGACACCUGCUUUUGUGCGUGUGUGUGCGCGCGCGUGUGUGUAUAGAUCAGAUUUUAAAAGGGGCAGCGUUGUUGGUGAGUCCCGGUGCUAACGUGAUUGCGAAUGACAAAGCGUCCAGGCGGGUUUGUUAGCUCCAUAAUGGGGAAUCAAUAGACACAACACAGAUGUCAAUACAACAUGCUUUAUUGCGUUAAGCCGCCUCGCCCCCACCCUGGGCUCUGCAUACCACACACACACACACACACACAUGCGCACACACACACACACAAACUCCAUCUGAGGAUGGAUCUGCUCUGGAGCUGCUGUCUCAAACACAUGCAUGCAUAUAUUAAUGCAUUUACAUGUCAGCUGCACACAAAUGCAUAAACAUACAGACUGACUGGUGUUACUGUCAAACCAGGUCACACACACGCCACUUAACAGACACACACUUUUAUGACAACACUAUUAGGAAUUCAUGAUCCUCAUCUGCACAAAUCAUCCUGAGCGAGGAGGAAAUAUUUCUACAUACAUCAGGUUUUAUAAAGAGGGUUGAUUUUUCUCUCCUCACUACAUUUCACAUUAAAAUAGUUCACUUUGUCUGCAUCGGCAGUAAGGUGUAAUAUUCUCCAGAUUUACAUCUAUGUGAUGGAGAUAAAGAUAAGCUGAUUCAUCUGUAACUCAUAUUGGUGCAUGACACCUUAUUCGCAGAUGUGCAGAUAUUAGUCAACAGGGCCAAUAAAUGCUGAUACCAGUGAUCAACCCAUAAAAGAAACCUGGAAAUAAAGCAGAUAAACAAAACCUGAUUAAACUAAAUUUGUACAUCAAUCGGGGCAUUUGCGACUAAAAAUAGAUAUGUGCGAAUUAUAGAAUGUAUUUAGGCGUACAUGUGCUUUAGGUUAGAUAUACGAUGGACAUUCAUGACAGAUCUACUGGUGUCUUCUCACUCGCCAUAACCGGAAAUAGCAAGCGCAGCACAGUCAAAUCUACUCGCCAGGUGUUGAAUUAGGGACCGUCAAUAAAUUACUAGUUAAUGUUCUCAAAAAAAGCUGUGUACCUCCAAUAGCUUCCAUAUCAUGUGACCAAUUGAUCUAAAAUUAAUCUCAAAUAAUAGUACUUAUGUUGACCAAUAGGACACACAUAAUUUGAUAAAUUUUCAUUGUGCCCUUAAAGUUCUCUGUGAGCUCCUUACUUGUUCAAGUUAGUGUCAAGCCCUGUUGAUGCAUUUUAUUUAUGUCGCUUUAGAUCAGCGUUCACCAGACUUUUCAACCCGGACCCCUAAAAUAAUAAUGCCAGUCGGGUGACUAGACACAACACUGUGUUGCAAAGUGGUAAAACUUUGAACAUAUAAGAUCACAGCUGCCAAACAGAAAACAAGUCAUCUUCAUAUCUAGUCUGUAGCAGCGAUUGGAGUCACACUGUGGGUUAAAGAAAAGUGUCAAAGAUCUAACCUUCCAUCCCAGACAUGCAUGUACAGAACAUUACACUCAAAUCUGUGUAUGCUGUUGUAAACACACACACACACACACACACACACAUAUACAAACAUAUAUGCAGACCUUUUGUCUUGGACACACAAAGACGAUAAAAGUCAUUUUCCACUAUGGACACCUCCCGCUGUGCAGAUAUGGAAUAAGAAUCUCCCACAUUACCAAAUAUGGCCGUCUGAACUCUACUUCCCCUUCACUGUUUUGUCCAUACGUCUGUCCUCCCAACCAGCUCAAACUGUCAUUGUUACCGUGGAAACAUUCAUAGGCCAUUAGACACAUAUGGACGGAGAAGAACGCAUGUAAACAAUGUCCUCCUCCUCCACACACACAAACACACACAGACACAGAGACACACACACUUCAUCGGACAGUCAUCUUCGUCUUUCGCUCUUGAUGGCCUCAAAGACCAUUAGGGGCUAAAUCGGUUGUACUCAGGCUGUAUUUGACUGUCUCGCUCCCUUUGGGUUUGUAAUCGCCAAUCAUAUGUAAGCGUGUGUGUGUAUGUUUGUGUCCAUUUGUGAGGACAUUUCUGGUUUACCUGUACCUGUAAACAUGACUAACAGCAUACUUACCGGGUACUUAUUCCUGAUGUGUAUGUGUGUGUGAAAAUUGGUGUUUCCCUGAUGCCUCAUUGCUGCACUUGUGGUUUUGUGUGUGUGUGUGUGUGUGUGUGUGUGUGUGUGUGUGUGUGUGUGUGUGUGUGUGUGUGUGUGUGUGUGUGUGUGUGUGUGUGUGUGUGUGUGUGUGUGUGUAUACCGGCCAGCGUCCAUUUUACACCCCCGCUAAAUAAUGAAUCCUGGCCACAGCAGGGGACCAUUUUUGGUUUAACACCAAUGCUCACCCCUAAUCGAAUGCACUCAGCGUGUGCUGCCCCUUUGUCCAACACAGUGUCCAUCCACGGGCUUUCUCCUCACUGCACAGAAAUGCCAUAAAGAACCCGGUGCCCAUUCACUCGUCUCAUGUCUCACAUUCUUUCUCUUCACGCUGCUCUCCAUCCCGCCUUUCACUCCCUACAUCACUCUAAUUCCCCACCUUGGCUCUGGCAUGCCACAGGAUGUGUUAGGCCAGGAAAAAAGGCAAGGUAGAAAGGAAAGGGAACACGAGGGUAAAAGGGGGAAAGGAAGGCCUGAUUAGCGGCUGAUCGGAGGUCAGAGCCACUGUUUCAGAACAAUUAGGUUACACAGCGUACAUGAAACACCAGUGAGAGUGUAAAUGUAAACUAGAAAAACUACUUUGUGUAUCUUUAUGUCGGCUCAUUAGCUUCUGACCUACAUUUAGUGCCUGAAACAAUGAUUACAGAAAUCACUCAGUACGUUUACACUCGAGAAAACUGAAUUAUCGCCUUAUUCCGAUUAAGACCGGACAACUGAAGUGCACGUAAACACCUUCGUCUGACUAUAAUUGAAGUUUGUAAACUCCGAUGAAGACAUCCAGAUAAUGCGAUUGGAAUUCGAUUUUCUCCACCAUGUAACCAACAUCUUCGGAGUAUGAUCUGACAAUGCAUGUGCGCGUGCGCAAUGCCCCCGUAACCUUGGAACAAAAACACUAGAGAAGAGGAGUAGCGUGCAACUCAUUUGCAGAAAAAGUAGUGUGUACCUCAUGUAUAGGGCCUGACCGAUAUGAAUCCAAUUACCGAUUAGUUGGACAAUUUUUUUAUGAAGUUUUAAAAUGUUGUUAAUUUAAGUAAUAGAUCUACAUAUCUACUUUUUUUUUAACAAAUGGCUGCUUUUGAGCCUUUCAAACACUUCUUCAAAGAAUCAAAGGCAGAAAACUCAUUUCAAAUCCUUUUUACUGCUAAAACAACUGAAAAAGAAUAAUGAGGUAUUUUGUGUAAAGUACAAAUAGUUAACUAUGUUAUAUUAAUAUUGUUCUUAUGUUACUAAAUACCUCAUUCUUUUGCAGUUGUUUACUGCUCUUCACGCCGACAGGAAGACCGACUGAUCAUCUCAGUAAUAUUCCACGUAUUUAUCAUGAAUUAAACUCGGACCAGAAAAGCGUUUUUAACUACCCCCAACUUAUACAACUUAUUUUAUUUCUGUUUUGGACGGUUACCAAUUAGUCUCAAAUAGGCUAAAAUUGGCCGAUUUAAUCGCUCCGUCUUCUUGCUCGAAAAUGCCCAGCAGCAGUUCUACCACUUCUGACGUGCGGCACAGACCUGCUGUUGUUGGGGUCGGAAACAGCGCCGCUGAAAAGACCCAUAUCGCCCCCUAGUUUUAGGGAGGAGGACACGUUCACGUCGAUAAUUCGAUUCCCUCAGCUGCAUGUCUUUUUUCAGUUAAAGGCGCGAUAGUGACGCCGCAGUAAUUAGUCGCUCUCAUAGGUGCAGUGGUAGAGCUCUGUUGUCCUUCAGUUGUCCAAGGCAGCGACAGAAGUGAGAGGGGUGUACGCUUGACGCUGGAUCUUGUUGCAGCAUGAAAAUGUUCUCGACCACCACAUACUUUCUGGGUGAAGAAUUAGACUUCAGUUUGCUUGAAUACAGCGAAUAAAAGUUAUACUUGCGCUCCCAGAUCCAGCUGGUAUUUAAUCUGUUUUUGACCAAAGAUCUCUUUGUCCACCAGCUUUAAAAAAGAUAGUUUAGUCAGAGAGAGAAAUUUUUCCUUUUAGCGAGUUCUGAGGAAAUAUAUAUCUGUUCAAAUUAAAGUACACUGAAGAAGUUAAAAUAUUUCCGAGUUCUUUUCUCUGCAUUAUAGCACAUCUGUUAUUCAUGGGUCAAAGAUCAUGAUGAUGUUAUUUGCUGUGAAUUUUUGACCGCGUUUAGAAGGCCACUCUUUCUAUGCCAUCUCCAGCAGGUGGGUGUGCUUCACGUCCAUCACCGCCUGCUGCCGCUGCCGCCGCCGCUGCUGCAUGUAAUACAGAAGUGCUGGUCUUUUGUGCUCACCUGAAGGCGGUGAUCUUGUUCCCCUGCCUGCAUGAAUAGAAAGAACAGGGCUUAGGAAGGGCUCCUGUCCUCCUUCACAGGUCUCUGACAUAAUGAAGCCAGUGUGUGAUCUCUCUGUGCGAGCGUGAGUAAGCUCGUCCUGAUGCGCGCUUCCGCCGUCUCGAAGCUUUAGGGCCUUUUUUAUAGAGAUUAAAAUGUGACAAGGCCGUGGAUAAGCAGAACGGUGUGUGUGUCUGUGUUUGUGUGAGAGUGUGCGGCUGAGUGCACUCUCCUCUCUGAGUGUUUGCAUGUUUAUGUGCGCUACUGUAAUGUAAUCUCGCCGUUUGCAGCGCCGCAGGGACGUUUUAUGCUCCACAACAUAGUUUGUAUUGAAUAAACCACACACAGAGAGCUAACGCGUGUCCUUUGUGCCGCGUGUCUGUGUGUCUGCGAGCAUGUGUGUUCCUAAGCAAUAUGAAUCCCUGCAGCCAACAAUGCGUUUCCUCCCGCCGCUGAUACAUUUAGCUAAUAAAGUCAGAUGACAAAAGUGGGGUUAGUUUGAUUGGAUUCCUCCUCUUUUGUCUCCUCUCCCCACCCGUCCGUCCGUCCCCUUGGCUGGUGGUCAGCGUUUGUUUUGGGGGGGAAAUCGGGAGAUUUAGACCCCCCAAUUUAAUUUAGCGGACCGGAGUUAUGGUAAUGAAUGUGCAAAGGGAGGAGAAGGAGGCGUGUGCGGAGAAGGGAGGGAGGGGUUCGGGGUCCCCUCCAUUUACCUCAGGAACAUCACAUCCUUCCUCUCCUUCCUCCCCCGCACACCCCUCCUUCUCGGGUUUUUAGUGAAAAACGUAAUAUCAUGCAGGAUGAGGAGGUGGGGGGGGGCUGUAUGUAUGCAUGGAGACAGAAGUAAAGUGACAACAAAAGCUGAUGGAGAGAGAGAGGAAGAGGAGGGGGCCGCAUGAGCCGGGUCCGGCCCUUUUUUAAUAAAUCUGAGUGCUUUGGUUAGUGCUUCAAUCUGCUGUACUCAACUAACCUCCUACCCACAUUACACACAACAUCACACACACACACACACCCUCAAAUACAUACAUGCACUUACGCUGUGUGACUCAUUUUCACCCACAUAUGCUAUCACCAGACUCCACACUCAAGGGCUUUUAGAAGGUGUUUUCUGGCAGACGCUACAGCUGAUGCUGCUCCUAAUUGAACCGUCCACCACAUGUGGGCACAAAACUAUUUGUUUUUUGUCUUUUAAUGUCAAUUUGAAUUUCCUUUUUUCUUCUUUUUGAACUUUUUGCUUUGUUGACGGUCCUUCCCCCCCUCUGCCUACGCUGUCAACAAACUGCAGAAAAAGAGGCACAAAGUGGCGCUUUAGAUGGCCAAUUUCAACGAGCUUAACAGACUAAGAGCAUCGCUAGACAGCCUCACAAGUACCUGCAUGAGCUGUAUGUACUGCAUCUAAUGCACGCAAUGAAUCCAGUUUGGAUGCUCUUUGAGUGCCUGCUGAGUUAAAGUAGAAAUAUAGAAAAAAAAAUCCACGCAAACGCAGCAGAGAACAGCUGCUGGCUAUUUACCGUGCAUUUCUGGGUCCAUUUUGUUGUUUGAUGGUGUAAUUUUCUUAUGCGUCAAAGAUAACCAGCCAACAGAUGGCAAGAUGUCAGGCUGAGACGUCUCCAGCAGCGACUGCCGAGUCUAAUAGUAGAAAAUCUUUCACCUGUCUCAUGCAUCAGCUUUAAAUGUGAGCUGUGGUCUCAGAUGGAGUGAAAGGACCUCUCUGCAGACCCAACAUUCUGUACAAAUGUUUAACAAUCACACAGAGUGCAACCGCAGCGGGUAAUAAUAUGUAUUCACAACAUGAGAUGUGUUUUUGCAUGAGGGAUUCGAGCCUCCCUGAAGUGGAAAGACUCUCGCUGUCGCCGGUCGGUGACACAUGAAAGUGACACUUGAAACCUCGACGAGUUCACGCUCAUUCUCGGGAGCGCUCUGUGAAAAAAAAAACACAUGAAACAAAAACCAUAAUCUAGUCACUGCAGAUUGAGGCAACGGAGAAGGUGUUUACGAUUGUGUUCAGAGUUUCCUCAGGUGAGACUUCGGUUUAUUGAUCGACUCAUACACCUUUAAAUAGAAAUCAGAGCAGAACAGGAAGGGUUGGCUGUUUUCGGUAAGAAGGUUUCAUAGCAACCAAAAGGUGAAGGCUUGAAUGCGGGCUGCUGACGUUAUCAGAGCGAGUAAUUGAAGGAGAUUUCUGGCUUCUGAACUACCAGGUGACUUGGGGUCUCAGAAAACAGUAGAGCCAGAAUCUCUGACCGGGGUAUGUACCUGAUUUUUAACUGUGAGUGUCAACAUUGAAAUCUGCAAAAGGACCUCAAAAAGUUUGACCAAAGUCAUCACGUCCCGCAGUAAAAUGCAAAAAGCAGCUUGUUAAACCCGACCCAAACCAUUCGUUUUAAUCUAAGUGCUGCUUUUUGACAAGGCAAAUAUCCAAUCAUGGUUUCAGCUUUCAGGGUGGCCACUGAAGUCUCUCUUCUCUGUCCUUCAGUUUGAUGAGUUUGGGUCUGGAGGUGUCCUCUCGUGUUUAAAGUAAACUGCCUGACAUCCUCGCUUUUAGGAUCUUUUUGUUGUUGUGGUAUUUUUGUCAGAACAGCUGAUGAGUGCGCCACAGGUAGAAGAAUAUAUGCAUUUGUGUCGUGUGGUUAGGUGAUUUGUAACGGCUCUGAAAAACGUCUUUAGUGCAGUUCGUGUAGUUUGCCCUUCCACUGACAUGAGCAUGAGCAAGGGUUAUCAUACGUGACCAACCAGUUCUGGCGCCGGCUGUGAUGAUACACAUGCUGCAGAAAACGCUAAAAGUAUUUGGAGACAAACGACGUGUCGAUAGGAUUGCUAAAUCACUCUAAGCGCUGUUUCCUGCGUCACAUGUUCUGUAAAAAAUAGAAAUGGACCGACCCAAUAUUCGGAUCGGAUAUCUGACGAGUGACACUGAUCCUUUAAUUCAUUUUACUUUUAAUACAUGAAGGUCUUACUUCUUUUUGCUGUGUGCUAAUGUGAAAUUUGUUAAUAAAUAAUGUUAAGUAAAUUUAUAUCUGUGUUAAUUUGUUACUUUUUUUAAAACAAGGCUAAUCUCAAGCCUGAUGCCGUCAAUCACAGGGCAAAAUAUACAGUUCAUUCAUUCAUUCAUCGGCCGAUACGCUCAGUCCAGGUAUCGAUAUCGGAUUGGAUCGGAAAAAAAAUGGAUCGGUGCAUCUCUAAUAAAAAAUGACAUUUCUGUACAUUUAAAGCCAGGGGUGUCCCGAUACAACGUUUUUGCCUCUGAUACGAUACCGAUAUUGUAGCCUUCAGUAUCGGCUGAUACCGAUAUUAAUCCAAUAUUUGCACAAACUUGUGCAUGACAAGUUUUGCACUCGGCUGCAACGUCUUUUCGGACUUUAACGAAAAAUUCUGCCAAACAGCCGACAUCGCUCCUACUUCUUGCUUUCGUUAGUUCCUUAGUACACACUGUUGUCGUGAUUACAUGGGCUGUGCAUGUUGGAUCAGGGCGCUGCUAGAUAGAGGUGACAGAGCGGAGUCUAGAGUAGACCGCUUCUAUCAGAGUGCUGAUAUCGGAGAUUUUAGACACAGGCCGAUAGUCAUUUUUUUGCUGAUAUCAGACUGAUAUCAGAUAUUAACAUCGUAUCGGGACAUCCCUGUUUAAAGCUGCUGUGAGUGUCGACUUCAGCGCCCUUUGCUGAUCUUGUCCUGCUCAUGAAGAGAGUCAUCCUCCCUGUCGUUACUCUCAGUGUGAAUAUUUACUGUGGGAAAUCAUCUGGUUUUAUACAAGCAUCAAAAUUGUGAUAUUAGACGUCGUCGUUGUUGUUGUCGUCUGUGGUCUUGUUUGCUUUUAUUGGAGGACAAAAGAGACCUCACUGUUAAUUUCACUCUGUUUCAUAACCAGUCAAAUGUCCUCACAGGGACUAUAAAAAGCCUGCUCUAAUAUACAGCGUACCGCAGCUCCGUUGGUUAUGAUCCAUCAUUAAGAGCGAAAAGAAGAACUUUCUAAAAGGAAAAAGAACGACAGAAAAAUUCAGAAAAACUCUGACUCUGAAGCAGCGGGCUGUGAAAAGAUAGUCCAGAUCUGAGGAGUGGGAGCUGUAGUCAAAUGUUGUUUCACUUUUUAAGCCGCUCUGCAUGAUUUAAAGUACCUAAGUCAGCCUGUGAAGCCGCGACGCGUCCCCCCACAGAGGCCAGACGUACUCACGAGCAGUUUUGAACACAUAAUCGUCUUCGCACUCCGUGACUCCAAUCUCUCCCACAUACAGUACACACACAUUUACUACAUCAGAUAAAGGAGCAGAAAAACUCUCUUUUCUCUCCUCCCAGCUCUCCUGCUUAUCACUGCCCCCCUCCUCCUUUCUUUUUUAUCCUCUUUUAUUAUCCCCUGAUUUUUUUUCCCUUCAGCAGAGGAGCGCUCAGUCCAGAAAUGAAAUUAAUCUGUUGUACUACACCCCUCCCUCCCUCUCUGCUCCCUCUCUGCUCCCUCCUCCUCCUCCUCCUUUUCCUCUUCCUCCCUGCUUUCCCUCCUCCUGCUCCCGCAUCUCAAUCUCAUUCUCUCUUUGCUCUGUGGGGAGGAUUGGACUCGUCACUUUAACCUCUUCAUAUUGGAUAUGAAUCUGUUAGCCUGCCUGCCCCUCUCUCUAACACUCCCCACCUCAAUCCACAUAGUUCAAACACACACAUACACACGCAGGCUAGUGCAUUUACACAAAUACACACAUACAAAGGCUCAGUCACACUUAUUUACGCACAUGCAAGCCCGCAAACACACACGGAAACCGACGUUGUCAUGCACCUACUCGCUCACACUUCAUUCCAGCGAGGUAUCCAAACAAAUCUUUCGACAAAUCCAAAUCCUCACACACACACAGACACGCUAACACGCGCUCUCACACACACACAUGUUGACAUCUUUGACAAACGGUCCUCCGGCGGGUUUUCUCCGGGUGCUUCAAUCAAAGACAUUGAUAUGAAUCUGGGCUGUUUUCUCCAUACUGGCAGCAGCAGCAGCAGCAGUAAUAUAGCAGCUGUACUUUUUAGCAGCUACACAUCUUUCAUCAGGGGCCUGUGCCUGGAAAAUAGCUGCUUACAGCCUUCUCCACCCCCUUCUUCUCUUCUUUUUUUUCCUGCCACUUCUACAUAGAGACAGGCGAUAUUGCCGGAUUUUAGCUCUGGCCUUGGCUGAACCACGCUGCCUUAUUAGUGGGGAUAUCGAAUGAAUGAGAGAGGCUUCAUACUUCAUAUGAAAAAGGGAGGGAGGGAGGAAAAUGGGGGGUGAGGGAGAGAGAGAAAUGUGGGGAGUGAGCUAGGUUCUCCUUAAUGGUUCCCCCUAGGGGUUUUAGCGGCCGUGCGAGCGAGCUGGUGCAGCCACAUACAGUCGUAGUAGCGAAAUGGGACAGGUGAAGAUCCUCUCCCUCCUCCUCCUCUUCCUCCUCCUCCUCCUCCUCCCUCCCAUAAAGAGUGGUAUGAAUAUGGUAAAUCCGCUGUCCGCUUGGCAGCAUGAUUCUCUCCCAGAAAAUGGCCCUGUGUCUGUGUCCCUCGGGGGUAUGAGCUAAGGAGAUUCUGCAUUUAGGCCCAGCUCUCACUCCCUUUCUGCUCUCUGGGGGUUUGAAAGGGCCCCGGCCGGCCCCAAUCCUCCUAUCUAUCUCUGCGCCGCAGCAGCAGCAGCAGCAGCAGCAGUGAUAGCACACAACACAGCAGCUCGGCUUAAACAUGGAGGCUGGAGCUACACUGCUAUCGCUAUCUGGAUGCAUGGAUUUUGCGCACACACACACACACACAUGCAGAGCCUCUAUCCGUGUCAGUGUCUUGCUGCUGACUGAGUGAGGUACAUUUAGCUAGUGUUCGCCCGAGGCGGUGAGGGAUCACCGAUGACCAUCGUCAUGUUCGGUUACACACACGCACGCACACACACACAUACACAGAUACACACACACACACACACACCCAGGGUUGUUUUGUGCUACCAGCUCUGCAGCUCCAGUCUUGUCAGGGUCAGGGAACAUGGUCGGGUGGCAGCUCACUCAGACAGUCUGUCAGUCAUCCAUUACGGCAGAAGACAAAGCCUUCAGUUUAUUUGCACCUUGUUGGCCUCCAUAGCAGAGCCUGAAAACACUGACAUGUUACAGCAGCGUCACGUCUCUGACUCACUUCUUCAAAGUCAAUAUCAUGACUCAAUGUUGAGUGUGAUCAUCAGCUCUUCCACACCGCCUUCAAUCUAAACUGGACCGUAUGGAGGAGGUGAUGAGUUCAGAGUCACUCCACUGCACUGCAUCCUCUCGACAGUCCUACUCCGAUCAGAAUCAUUAAUUAGAUCGUACUAAUACAUCAGACUGGUUUAGUUUAGACUCAUGAUUGUUCUGAAGUCGUUUAUUUUUAUAUCUAUAAGAGUCAAGGCUGUCAAUGUGAAUGUAUUGAUUACAAUGUGAUGUCUUAACAUCCUCGAAAGAACAAUUACUUCUAGUUUUAUGAGUCAAGCAUGAAGGUCCACGAUAGAUCCACCCAAACAGGACCUGUUUGAAACAGAGGAAACAGGCCACACUGAUUAUAAUAAUAAAUCUAUAAGUUUGAGUCAAUAAGCUCUUUUUAUUGCAUUUAUUAGGUGUCUUAAUCAGAAUCGCUUUAACUCAAACCUUCAAACAAAUUGUAGAGCAGCAGAUAAAUGAAGCCGUUUCGAUUUUAAAAUUUACAAACACCCUCCAAAUUCAGCGUCAUCGAGCUUUGAUUAGUAUUUGCACUGAAACGAUUACAAAACCCACAGUGCCAAGGGAAACAAAGUCAUUACAUCACGAUUUCACCGUUAAAAUGAUCUAUCCCCUCAUCCUGCUCAGCAGGUGAUUAAGUUGUUCAUGCAAUAUACAGCCUGUGUUCGACUUAAUCACCUCGGCUUGUAAAAUUAACGUUUAUUACAUUCAGGCUGCAGGGAGGAAGAAAUUUGGUGUCUUGCCCGAGGACACAUGACCCGUAUGUGGAAUCAAUCCUGUGACCUCUGAGUGGAGGGACAGUUUUUCUAACCAGUGCAGAAAAAAGGGAUCAGCUCAAACUGGCAGAUGAAUUAAGUCGUUUUUUUAAAUCUGUAAUCUUGGACGGCAUAUUCUGAAUAUCAUGGUCUACGACGGUAAAUAUAACCACCGCCACUUGUGUUUAAAUAAUGUAACUGGAUAAUGUGCCUCAAGUAGUUGAAGUGGUCCGAUAAUGGUUUUGUGGUUUGAAUACAAUCAGUGUGAAACGCUCCCCGUGCUCAUCAUCACAGCAGUGUGCACAAAUGUUAGUAUUUGAAUUUAGAUGUGAUGAAAUAUUGAUGCAAAUGUCCUCAGUGUGUUCACUCAUGUGUGUGUGUGUGUGUGUGUGUGUGUGUGUGUGUGUGUGUGUGUGUGUGUGUGUGUCCAGAUGAAAUGGACUGAAGUGUGUGAGUGUGGGCGUCUGUUUGUCAGAGUGAGUGUGUCCAAAUGUUUUUGUCCUUCAGCUGUGGCACAUGUGUGUUUGCAUAGUGCAUCUGCCUGCCCGAGCGUGUGUGUGUGUGUGUGUGUGUGUGUGUGUGUGUGUUUAUGUGUGUUAAUGUCCCAGCCCCCUGCUCUCCCUCCUGGUGUGAGGGGAGGGGGCAGCAGGGGUCCGAGCGCCCAGCGCCCCGUGUCAUCCCGAGCCCCCUCCUCAUCUCCUUUGUCUGCUCGUCAGUUAGGGAGCGGUCUUGCAGGACUCGGGGAUGCGGGGGGUUGACCUUUACCCUUAACCCCUUAACCCUACCCCUCCUGUCUUCGCCGCCUUGGCGAUUCAUAUGCAAGCGGCCCGUCAGCCGCCUAUUCUUCUCUUUCAUCUGUCCACGCCUGGCCGGGAUGUUCUGUCACGUCUCAAGUUCAAGUCCUGGGACAGGCCAGGUCAUCCGGGGCCACGCCGGGCCACAACAGACCAGACCUGGCAGGCGGCGAGAGUCGGGGGAGGGGAGGGGGAACCAGUGUUUGGAUGCUCAUUUUUUUUAUCAGGGGUCAGAGACAGAGUGGUGGGCUGGUGUUUUGGGGAUGGGUUAGGGUCAUAUAGUGGGGUCAGUCUGACACACAUGUCGGUUUUUACUGUGGAUCCAAUCUGCCGCUGAGCCGGGGAAUAGCUCUUACAAGAGAACUCAAGAAACUUUAUUCAGUUAUUAAACAUUAUUUACAUAAUACUUUCUGUCUGUGCCAGUUUUAAGAGUUUAUCUUUAUAAUUUGGUGAUUAAACCAACGGUUAAAUAAUAGAAGAAAUAAACUUAUACAGCCUUUUUAAGAUCUACUAAGAGUCCUUUAAAAGUGGAAGAAUUUUAGCAAAUGGGUGACAAACGAAUGAUGAGUUUUGGGCUUUUUUAAUUUGUGUAAGAAAAUCAUGUUAUGUGAGAACUUCUUUAAGAACUUAGCAGGAGGUGAACAAAAUGAGUCUGUCAAAAGAUAUUUAAAAAACUGUAAUAUCAGGAUCUUUUAUAUCUAUUCAACUCCUACUUCACCAUGACUCAUCAUCCAGGGAUCCACACUUUAAAACACGACAUUAAACCGACAAAAUCACUGAAAGAUUAUUAAGAAAUGCAAAAAACAGUCACUGUUAAAAUGAUACUUGUAAUUAUAGCAACAAAGAGAAAAGUAAAUAUCAGAGGAAACACUAAACUAGAUAUCAGAUUUACAAAAUCAACCAAAUUCAAAUCAAAUCCACCAUUUCUGAUAAAACUCACUUUAAUCUCCUGUGACGACUCUUUAGCUGAUGGUGAAACAGACUGAAAAUCAUAUUAAUGUUUUUUUUUUAUUAUUAUAAACACACAUUAACAUGUACUUGGUAAAAUCAGUACGAAUCACUUUGUCCACAGGGGGCGCCAAAAUUGUCACAAACCAAAAGUUUCUCACAGGAGCUUAAAGACAAUAUUUUAGAAAACUCAAAAUUAUAGUGUUUCUACUUAAAGCUUGUGGACACUGACUUAUAAAAUAAUUAAAAAUAUAAUAAUAAUAAUAACAAAUAAGUGAAUUUAACAUUCUCUCUCCUUUUGGUGUCAAAAAUAACUUUUUAAUAAAGUUGUCUCAGCUGUUAAAAAUCUUUUCGUAUUUAUCCGUUUAAUUUGAUGCCCUCAGGUGUCAUUUUAUGAGUACAAACGUGCAUUUUCCCCUAAUUUUCUAAUGAAAAUAUCCCAUUUUACUUAAAGUCAUGUUGUCCAGGCAAGUCCAAAAUAAUGUCUUAAUUUAGGAAAUUACACACCAAAAAAAUCUCCAAGUUUAUUAUUAUUAUUUAUGAGUAGAAAUAACUGCCAGUGUAACGAGCAGAUCGUUCUCAAUAAGAUGAAACUUGUUUUGAAAUUUAAAGUUGGUAUUUUUGAUAUUUAGAUUUAAUAUUUUUCUCCUUAUUUGUGAUUUUUUUUUUUCAAACUUAAUUUCUGCUUUUCUGUUUUUUUUCCUCAAAUCAGCAUCAGCGCCGCCUUUCACCUUUCCAACCUUAAAUCUUUCCGUUUUUGUUAAUGGGCUCCAUUGUGGCCUCACCGAGGGGCCUGCUGUUAGGAGGGGGGGAGGGGGCUGAUGCCUCGGUCUCAGGGUCAGGGUCAAGGUGGGAGGGGCCUGGGUCAGCUAGCCAGACGGACGCACAGACGGUGGACUUGACAUUGAAGGGAUGAGUGGAUUAACAGGAUUGGGAGGCUCCUCGUAUCUAAGUGUAUUGUCAGCGAGGGUUAGGCUGGAAAGUGAUGAUUUUUGGCGGGUUGUGUUGGUGUGAGUUUAACCGGGGAUUCAAGUGUGUGUGUGUGUGUGUGUGUGUGUGUGUGUGUGUGUGUGUGUGUGUGUGUGUGUGUGUGUGUGUGUGCGGUUACAGCAUCUGUAUUCAUGUUUGUCGUUAAAAGUACUAGAAAAUAAUUACAUCUUUAUCCGUUUUCAUUUGUUGUUUAGGAGGUAACCUUUCAGAGCACAAAGUUAAUACUCGCCUGACUCUCACAUUUUUUAUUUAUUAUUUUUAUUGUACGGCAGACACAACCGAUAAUACACCCACUAACAAAUGAAGUGUGUGUAAGAGCAGACACACAAACACACACACCGACUGUCCUUCAGUUUGUUUGUAAAGCAGUGAAUGAAUACAAUGAAUAAGCCGCGCGCUGACAAUAACUUAAGCUUUCACUUAAACUGAAAAAUACCGCCAUUGUCCCGGUGAGGCACGGCCAGCCUGCGGAGGACACUGAGAUGAAUAAACGCCCACUCAGUGCUAAAUAAUAAAAAAAAUAACUUUACAUUGUACGCCGCAUUCCACGCGCUUUAACCUCACAGAACGCACACAAUGUGUCAGCUGUUGUUUCCCCCUUAAACGGCAAAAGCUUAAAGUAACAGGCCUUGAGGAUGCCGAGCCUAACAAAGUCAGAGGAUGCGUUAAGUGGGAAACCAAUUUUUUUAGGCGUCUGACAUUUAACCCACUGCUUGUGUUUGGGCCAUUCUUGCAGAUAAUAGGCUGGAGUUUGUUUUGAAAGCAUCCCAAUUGACAGUUGAUUGAGCUGGCCUGAAGGUUAUCCAGCAAAUGGAGAGCAACUCCUGCCCUCUAAGAGGAGAGGGGGAGCCGGCCAGCUGGUAAUGGUUCUUCUGAAGCGCACAGUACAACUGCGGCCACUGCGCUUACUCCACAAUGUGCUUUUCUUCGAGUUUAGACGAACAAGCUGAAUGCUGAGGCUAGACAAUCACUCACUGUAACUUGACGAGAAGAAAAAGGGAUUCAUUUCUUAACAGUCUUUCUCUUCAUUCUGCGAGUAGUGUGUAUUCUUGACAUGUAACCGCUGCAGAUGCUGAAUUUGGCAUCACAAAUUGCAGAAAUGUUGAUGUUAAACUCACCACACCUAAAUCUUGGAUAGUUUUCAUGCCUGUAACCGCAGCUAGUGUGAAUUAACUGACAUUAUAUUCAAAGCAGAGCAUCAAAAACAACAUUUAGAGCAAAUAUUAAACGAGAAAACCCACAACAGGAUGCAUAACAUCGGAUGAAUCCUUCUGGAUUUGUCUGACUUUUCUUUGUUGCUUGUUUAACAUACGAGGCGAAGCUGUUGUGUGUCUGUUCGACUUUCACGCUGCUCUGUAUUUACAUAUUUGAAAUAACUCAAACUCUCAUAUUCGGUCUCAGCACUAAGUCAGAAGUUUGACUCCCUGCUCUCCACGACCUGCAUCUCAUGUCUUAACCUCAGCUGUGUCGCCUAAUAAAGACAAAACAGGUCAAACAAAUAAUUUUAUAAGAAUUAACACAGACAAAACGAGACAAAAGACCCAAAUUAUCAAUACAGUGGGAUAAAAUGAGACAUAAACUCUAGAUUACUCCAACAUUUUCAUAUUUAAGUCAGUGAUAUUAAAAAAACUCAGCUACACACACCUGAUGCAGAUAUUUAGUAAGAAGUAAAGACUUAGGAGAGGUUUAUAUUAAGAAGGAAAAGUUUAUUUUUUCAGAAUAAAGCUGCAAAAUUACUUGAAUUAUGUCCAACUCUUACACGAAUAAAGUCAUAAUGAAAAAGUUCUAAAUCUGUGAGACUGAAGCUGUAAUUUUGAAGACGUUACAGCUGUUGUUUUAGUCCAUGGUCGGCCUCUGUGUUAUUUUGAAGUGGAAGAGGAGUCAGCUCUCAUAAAGCUUUCAUAAAUAACUGAAUACUCAGUUAGUCUUUGAAGUCUUAAGCUUGGUUUCCUAAGUACGAAGACUCUGAAAAGACUCUGCAGAAACACUGGAUCCAUACCAAGGAGUCUGAUAGUCUGAGUCUGCUUCUGUUUAUUCUGAGCAGCUGAGGAUCACGACACAAAAUUUAGUCUGAUUGUUUUUUAACAGUGACUAAGCAAAUCUUUCUAUCUUCUGUAAAUUUAAUGUCAGUUGGCUGUAAAUUCAAUAUUUUAGGGCCUUUUACAUAAAAAAGAUGGUUGCUCUGGGGAUGUCAGGGAUGAUUUGUAGUUUUCCAUUUGCCUGAAGCUCUGCCCCUGGUGUUCCUCUCAUUAUUUCACCUCAUUAAACUUGUGCAGUAAAAAAAAAAAAAAACAGUUUCAUUUGACCUCAAGAGAAACAUGGAGGUAUUGUAGGUCUUCUACUGAUGAUCAGUUAAAGAGAUCUUGAGAGUGAAAGUUUGUUCCAACAGAGGGAGAAAUUCAGCUCUUGUAUUUGCUGCUGAGAAAAAACCCUAAACUUGAGAAGAAUCCAGUUUUAGUUUUUAGCUCCAAGUUUCAAAGAUGGUCAAACGCACAUACAGAAUAUGAAGGAGUCAAUUUUAAACUUCUUUCUCUAGUAGAUUUACAAACUCAUUCUCAUCUUUGGCUUUUUUCCUUAAUUUUUUCCUUAAAAAUUAAAAUGUAUUUCUUAAUCCACUUCAUCUAAUCUUAAUCUUCAUUAUGGAUUAGUUUUUAUUUGAAGCUAAACUUCUUUUUUUUUUCAUUUACAGUAUUUCAGAAUUUGAUGUCUGUAAUUUUCCUCUGUAAUCUAAAUCUCCUCGCUUGCAUAGAUCGGUCCUGUAUGUUUGUAUCUGAUCACAGGUUACAGUAAUAUCAGCGUCUGGUGUUUGGUAUGUGCGGCUCGGUUCCACUAUAAGAUGAUUUUAACCUGAAUAAGCUACAGAAGAUUCACAGAGAGUGUUUUGACAAAAUUGCACUGCUGUCCUGGCAAAUCCAUGUAGGCUGUAAUUUGAGCGUUUAUUUUGUUAUUUAUGUAGAAUUGACUUCUAUAAGCCAUGGAAGUUAAGACCAGAUAUUACACUUGAAGAGAUAUCCAAGAGAAAAUCUUUUCCUCAUUCCUGAAAAUUGCGCUUCUUGUAAAAAAACAGAGUUUUUACCUGACAAAGAUGAUAUGCAGCCUUCGCUGACAGGAGCAUGCAACCUGUCAUUGAUGGCAAUUGCUACUUUCUUUUUUUCUGGUCCUGAGUGGUGAAAUUACUGUGUUCCAACUUGUCCAUUUUUCUCCUGUCAGUACUAUGUUUUUACCUUCAUAUCGAUGAAAUUGCACACUGUACGUAGAUCAUUUUCUUGAAUAUGUGCAAAAUGGAAAAUACACCUCUUUGUCGAAAUACGAUCCAAAGAUCCGAGCAGAUGUGGCACGGGGGCAGGUUUUUCUCUAUACAGUAUCUUCCUCACUUCACUCAGCAUUAGCUAGCUUCAAAUGUAGUGGUCACCAGUGGCUACUCCCAGGCUUAAUAACCAGCCGAAAAAACAGGAGAAAAAAUUCAAUAGCGCUCUGCUGCAGCUGUAGUCGAGGGUAAGACGGCGUGAAACGGCUCGCUGGUGUUACAGCAAGAAUUUGUGAUCCAGAUAAAAAAGCCGAUUUUCCUGCUAGUUCAACAAAAUAAUGAUCACACACUGUCUGAUCUGGGUUUUUAAUGAGCUGAUGUUUAAAUAAGACAUAGGAAAGAUUUUUUUUUAUGCUCAAAUAUUGGCAUUCUUCCCUCUCCCCUCGAAACACGCAGAUUAGUUAACAAGGGAGGAAGUGUCCGAGCUUGGCGACGGACAAACACACUCAGACACAUAUCACCGCAUCCUCCCCACUUCUUUUUUUUCCUCUGCUCUAUCCUUCUUCCCUCAAGACAAAAAUGGGAGCAAGAAAAACAGAGAGAAGGAGAGAGAGAGAGAGAGAGAUGGGUGUAGGGUGGGGUUGGUGAAAGGACAAGAGAGGUGGAGAGAGAGGAAGUGUUGGUCAGAGAAGAAAGAAAGUGAGCGAGCGAGGAAGGGAUGGACGGACAGAGAGAUACAUCAGAGAGGAGGAGGGAUAGAGAUAGCUCUAAGAAUAAAAGGAAAGGAGGUGAAGAUGAGUAGUAAGAGAAUAGGGGAGAGUAAAGGAAAGAGAGAGAGAGAGGGAGAGAGAGAGAAGGGUGGGCGGGCGACAGACAGACAGACAGUGAGGCAUUAAAAUUCAUGGCCUUUUUUAUUUUCCGUGCUGAAAAUCAAUACUGUCUACUAUGGAUGAGGUGAGAUGUGGACAACAGCGGUUGCCGGCCAAAGCAGGGGGGAGGGAGGGAGGGAGGGAGGAAGGGAGGGGGUGAAGAGAGAAGGAGGAGAGAGAGAGGGAGAGAGAGAGGGAGAAGGGGGUGUCGUCAAUAUUAGCAGUGACACAGCCACUGCAGGCCAAGGUAGAGUUGGAGAGGAGAGAAAGACACCGGGGGGGAUGGGCGAUGUGUUUAUAUAGUAUGUGUGUGUGUGUGUGUGUGUGUGUGUGUGUGUGCGUGUGUGUGUGAUGGAGCGGGGGGUAGGGUAAGGUUCAUUAAGUCUGACCAGCAGAGCUUUUGGCCAGCGUAGCAGCAGCAGGCCUUUUGUCCGAGGGUCCGAACACACACACACACACACACAGAUGGAUGGACUGAUGGAUAUUACCCCUCUUUCCCAUUGUAAUUUACAACCCCCUCAGAAGCUCCAUCAUUCAAGCAUCGCAGUGUUUGACUAAUGUCUGGCAGAUGUUCUAACGCUACUCGCCAACUAUUGUCGCAGGGCCGGGGUCACUUCUCUUCUAAUUCAGGAAAUGGAGAUUCUUCGGCGCUCCCAAACUAUAAAUCUCCCCCAAUGAAAAGGCCUCAUCCCUUCUAGGCUCUGCGGUUAUUACAUUAGUUUCAUUUUACACUUCCACUGCAUGCAGAGGCCACCAAGCCUGCACUGUGUGGAGCACAAUAUGAAGGACGUGCAUUCAGCCCUCUUCUUAAAUUAUGGACGUACAGCUGCUUUCGCUGCGUUUAAACACUAAAGAGCCCUGUAGGUUUUGUUAAAUCUCAGCAGCUGAGCACCAAACAGGACGGAUGCGCCGUAAAGAUGUUUCUCAAGGGCAUGAUGGUUUUCAUACAAUGCUUACUGGAGGAUGCAUACUCGGAAACAAAAUGUUUUCAGGGCAGUGUUUAUUCUGUGGAGAGAAAAAUCCAAAGAUAGCCACAAAGAUCUGCUGAGUUUAUUAUGAGGAGGUUUAAUCGUGCUACUGUUAAAAAAAAAAAAAAAAGCAUGAAUGGAGUCAAAUUAGUUUCGUAUAUUAUAACAUUUUGUGCCUUAAAGCUCCUGAAAACACAUUUUAACAGCCUGAAAUGAAUAGUUGUUUCUCUUUACGACCUAAAAAAGAAAACCGAAAUCUAGGGCUGGGCGAUAAACUGAAAAUUUACCUAUACAGAAAUUUACUACAAUAACCAACGUCAUUUUAACCAUAUCGAUAUAUUCAGUCUUUAAAAAAUAAGAGAUAUAAGUAACACUACAGUCACAACACUCAGCCCUAAAAGCAUGGCAAACCUCUCACUUCCUUCUUGCCUCUCAAAGCCGAACUGACCUCCAAAAGCUGGUCAUUUUUGUACAGUUGUUAAUUACCCAGUCUGUGACUAAUACUUUGUGUUUUUGAACUUGAUUUAUUCUCCUACAAACACCUAAAACUGUCAGGAAAAUGCUUUAAAAUUAACAACAAAAUAUGAAAAACAUUUUACUGAUAGUCGUCAGGAGAGUCAUAGAAACUAGAUUUAAUAUAUAAACUGAUCAAUAAAUGUUUAUUUUGGCACAAAUGUUUUAUAGGCUUAAAAAAAACAUAACAGGUCAGGAUCAUUAGGAUUUAAAAAAGGGGGAAUAGUCUGAAUGGCGCCAUCUAGGGCUGGGCAAUAAACUGAAAAUUUACCAAUACCGAAUUCACGACAAUAACCAACGUAAUUUUGCCCAUAUAGAUAUAUUCAGUGUCAAAUAAAUAAAUCAAUAAAUGUUUGUUUUGGAUGUGUGUAGGUAGGCUAAUGAUCUCAUGUCCCUUUAAGACGCUGUCCUACGUCAGAGACGUGACUCCGCCCCAUCCAGUCUGUAACAAAGAGGGAAAGACAGGUGAGGAGAUGGAGGACAGUUCAAAAGUUGUAGCGGCUGAAGUAGACAAAGUUAAUGUGGGAGGGGGUGAGCAGCUUGUGGAGUAGUUAUCGUCCAUUUAUCGUUAUUGAGGUGAACUGAUCAAUAUAUCGUGAUAUUGAUUUGAGGCCGUAUCGCCCAGCUCUACUUUGGGGGUUCAAAGCCAUUAAAGCAGCCUUGUAUUUACAUUUUCCACCACAGCUAAAAACAAUUUUUAUUAUAUUUCUAAAGUUUCAGAUGACGCUACACUUGUAUACUAAAGGUCGUGUCGAACCCUGCUAAUGACUACGUGUCUCAAAGCGCUUCUUUGCGGUUUCUGUUAGCGUCAACAAAAGGAACUCUUAAGUGAUGUGACUCAGCCGUUUGUUGACAUAGCAACACCACAACCAAAGCAAUGUUCGGGAUGGACAAAGCUGUGUCUGAGGUUUUUUAUGAUAUAAUGGAGUCAGAUAGUAAACAUGCAAGACAAGGCCUAGCGCUGGUCAGUUUGUCUGUAUUCGGGUCCAUUUUUUUCACAACCGGUACCUGACCUCCUUUAUGAGAGUUGUCAACGACCACUUGAAGUGCAUUUGUACAGCCACACAAGGAGAGACUGAAGUAAGCCAAGGUUCCUCUUUUGGAGAAAAUAUUCUCUAAAGUCGGAGCUAAAAAUCCAUCGAAAGACUCUAAAAGCUUUGAUUUUUCUUCGCUCUGCAGAAACACUGUUCUCGGAAAUAUGAAGAAAAGGAAAAAUCUGAUUUGCUGGAUUAAGUAUGAGAGGUGGCCCAGCUCAUGAGGAACCAAAGAAGUUUACAGGACAGAUUCUGCAUGUUGAGUUAUUAGAGACUUAACAAACACAUAUGAGGAAAUAUGAAGGGCUGCAAGAGAUGUAGUUGAGUCAGCACCUGGCAAAAAAGUGUUUUAAACAUGGGGAGGUUUAUCACUUUUGAUCAGAUCUAGUUUUUAGUUGGGGAGCUGGUGUUUGAUAAGAUGAUUCGAGGGGAAGUAGUUCGCAUGACAUAAAAUCAAGUUCUUCAUAAAGUUAGGAGAAGUUAAUAUCGGUGGUCGAGUGAUUAAAACUCCAAAUCUAUCAUCACUUCCAACAGUGAGGUCUUGACUUGUUGGAUCCAGUUCCUCUUUUAUUCAGGGUUCAGGGACUCCACUUGUUAUUCCGCUGUGGCUUUACCUCUGCAAAGAAGUUUGGGCUCUGUUAUGAAUGAGUCUAUUUUGAAACAGAACCCACCGUCUGAAAUAAGUCCACCGCUGAGUGUGAAGAGUCUCUUUGACCUGAAGUGUUUCCUCUGGCACAGACGCCGUUGUCUCUCAUCCAAGAGGCUCUUUAUGUGUACGCAGAAUAAUUACAGUGAAUUACUUUUCCUUUGCUGUGAAUUUAUACUCUGGAAGAAGACCAGCGUUACUUAAGUUAAAACCAAUCCACUAAUGGCGUUGUUGCUGUUUUUCUAGGCUCUGUUUACUGCUGCUGAUCGUCUUAUUGCACGGGUUUCUCAAAAUGAAAUCUCGCCUAUAUUUCAUGAAGCGUGUUGUGAACAGGAUGUUGCCUCCGACAACUGGAGUGGAUGUUUUUAGUCGCAGACUCCCGGGUAGAAACAGUCACAUAUGAUCACCAUUGUGGUGUUUUCGUGGAUGUUACCGCCCCGUGUACAAUCUUGAGGAGAACUUUUCUAGUUCACUGUGGGUAUAUGGUUUCUGGCAGUGCAGCUUCUUGCAUGUCAAGAUAAAACUCUGCUUCCUUUCAGGCAGAGAGGAAGACAGAGAGGCGCGCAUCAAAGAGGGAACAUUUUGACGCUGAAUAGAAGCCGAUAUGACAGCCGGUACUAUCACUCAGCAAAAGUGUAGAUAUAAAACAUCUGUAGUCAUUUGUCGCUGUAGUCUGCAUCAGUAAAACCUCCACUAUCAGUCUCCGGAGAUGUUUCUCUAUGAAGUUUAAUAUCUCGCUGACGGAUUUCACUGAUGGUCUAAGUUGGUUUUGAACUUCUUGCAUGUUGUCACCUAUCAAAUCCCAGCUGGCACCGACCCGUCCCACAGGCUGUUGUCUCUCUCUCUAUGUGUCUCUACACACAGCCAGUGUUUCUGAAGACCCAGGGCUAGUGGUUACUAUGGGGAUAAGGGGAGAGUGAGAGAGAGAGAGGUAGAGGUAGAGGGAGGCAGGCCGUGGUUUUGAGGUGUAAAGCAUCAUAAAUAAUGGAGGCUGCACCUCACAUUGAAAUGCAAAGGCUGGAGCUCGGGCCUGAGCAGAGGUAAUGCUGGCUUUUUGAAAUUUAUUUUUCAUAAGCAUGAUCCCCCCCACCUCCAAACCCCCCAAUCACACACACACACACACACGAUGCUCCUCAUAAACCCCCCCGAUCCUGUACUGAAACAUACCUUUACAUACGUUUGCAUCCCAAAUUUCAUCAAGUCUGUCAGAGUGGAUUAUAUUUUAUUGAAUUCGGUCAUUCAUCAAUCGCACGUCAGGAGCAAUAUUAGAGUAAGAGGAGUAAGUGAGGCAUCCUCGCAGCUUUUAUCAGAAUAUUUCAUCUUUUUUCCCUCAGUGGGGAGAAAAUUUGAUUUGGUAAUAACCCAUCUGCAUAUCGUUUAUGUUGGGAGAAGUAUUAAAAACCGCACUCUCUGUUUGAGGUCGCUCAUAAAGUGGCGUUAAUUUAACUUUCUCCUGAUGGUUUUUCUCUUUUUUAUCACACCAGAGCGGUAAAGAGGAGGCGUUGUGCAUGUGCAUCCAAGUUUCUGUUUAUGUGCGUGUCCGUGUGCGUUUUGUCCACGGUAACGUGCAAACGUCAGCUGUGGAAAAGAGGCCAAACACUCUGCCAGAAUGUGGAUGAGACUCCUAACUGUGUAUGACUGACUGAGGCCACUCAUAUGUAGCCUCUGUGUGUGUGUGUGUGUGUGUGUGUGUGAGUGUGUGUGUGUGUGUGCGUGUGAGAGGAGAGGGAGUGAAGCAGGAGAGAGAGAUAAGCCUACCACAGUGGGUUUUUUUCUGCACAGCGAUUAGAGUUUUUUUUUUUUUUUUUUUUACACAAACAUGUGGUUAUCAGUUCCAGUCAUGUUUUUAAAGGAUUGUGACCACCGGAGGAUUAAGAUAGAGCUUCACCUUAAUGCAUCAUACCUGAUUACAUUACAUUACUGAUAAAACCUCAAUGAAAUCUAGACAUACUUUACUCUUUAACUUUAACAUCUUAAGCAGAGUCAUUCAGUAAUUUUCCAACUUUAAAAACAAAAAAAAAACACCAACAUGUUAAUGACUUUUCAAAAUAAAAGCACCUAAAAAAAUCUCUGUCCAGUGAAAUAACUCUUUUAUUCUUGGUUAUCUUUUAAAAGCAGUAUCAGCUCAUAAAAUCUAAUGUUCUUGGUCAUUCAAGCUCUUUAUUGUUCGGAUAUUUAAAAAGCAGCAAGACUUGAGAGGGAGCUGAGAUCUAUGAAUGUUUACCCUCACUUAAUGUUCUUUUACACGCCUCAAAUAAUAAUUAAAUGUUGUCAUACUCGCUAGUCAGCACCAGAAUUACAAACCGGUUAAACAAAUAAUAAUAACGUUUUAUCACAGUUCAACUUGUGAACUGUGGCGACAGUUAAUAGUUUAGGGUUCCUACGCAAAUAUGGAAAUAAAUUUGAUCAAUUUCUAGGUCUUAAAAAGUAGAAGUAAUGUAUGGAUAAUAUUUAUGUUUCCAGAGUAUUACUACAGUUCUAAAAUACUGUUUUCUAAAAUAGAAAAGUACCAUAUUUUUCGCACUGUAGGGCACACCUGAAAGUGAAUGUGUCUAUUUCCAUACAUAAGGCGCACCAGAUUAUAAAGCCAAACAAAACAGUCGGAUAAGUCAAACUUUUCACUAACUUUUCACUCAUUCACUAACUGCGCGAGGUUACGGUAGCUGCAGUGCUCCGACAAGCCAAAAGGAUUUUAAGUGCGCCUUAUAGUGUGAAAAAUGCGGUAGGUAUUUCCAAAAAUAAUUCUAAAAAGAAGGGUAUGGAAAAGUAUUGAAAUUCCAACUGUGUAUGAUCCCUGAUAGUUCCUACCACAAUGCUAAAACGCUCUACCACCCGGAUAUAAACAAACACAGAUGAAAACUCUCUCUCUCUACACCAGUCCUGUUUGUUUUUCGACAAAUUCACAUCACAAGCAAACGAGUGGAAAAGAACAGACAGACAUAAAAGCUGAGAUUGCCAAUACUGUAUUUCCCCUUUUAUAUUUUGCUGACACAUCUCACUUCAUAUCAAUCUCACAAUAUUGAAUAAUGUCAUCGCACAUCACAUACUUUCUCCAAACCGUGCAGGCCGUCUCUGCAUCAGAGCGACGGUGUGAUAGAGGAGAGGUCAAAUCUAAGCUCACUAUUUGCAGAAAAAUUAGAUAAUAAUAAUUCCACUUUUAAAUAUGUCUAACUAGUCCUCAUAAUAGAUGUUUACCUUAUUUAUUUAGCUGGUUUCAUUUCAGGGAUAUCCUCCAUAUUUAGAAGUAAGCAGCUUAAAGCGUAGAAAGUCGACCCAGCGUUGUGUUUUCCACCUGUCUGUGUCUUGUCUCUCCUCACCAUCUGUGCUAAGAAGCUUUCAGCCAGGUGUACGACUGUUCCGUAUAAUCAACAUAGCAAUCAGCACCGCUCUGCCCCUGACACACACACACACACACACACACACACACACACACACACACGUAUAUACACCAAGUGUUGAGGCUAGCUGGCGUUAGGCCAGAGCAUCAAUAAAGCCAGUGUGAGUUUGAGAGCCAUUUAAGGGCCAUUUCGCCCCAGACCUACAAUCCUCCAUACUGCUCACUACAGCACCUCUGUGACCAUCAGGCUGACCCUGUGGAGGGAGAGAUAGAGGGAGAGGGAGAUGAAGAGCAGAGAAAAGGGAAUGAAUAGGCAGAGGCAGAAGUGAGGGGGAGACAAAUUGAGAUAGAGAAAUUGUGAAUGAAGAUGGGAGGGAGAGAGAGCUGAGAGAAAUUAUAGGGGAGAAGAGAUAGAAUUGGAAAUAAAGAAAGGAGAGUUAAAGUGACAAAGUAGGGGAUCUAAAGUCUAAAAGCAAGGUAGUCAUGAUUCCAUCCAUAUUCCCAAAGAUGGUAGAAAUCUUCAAAGUUUGAUCAUCAGCUGAAGUUUAGAAACACUAAAAAUGGACCUGCCUAUACAGGUCUUUUAGAUCCAUAUCUGCUCAUUGUCGAGUCGAAUACAAGUCCAGGAGUUUCUGGAUAAUGACUUGUUUUAAAACCAAACAACCAGCCAACAAACCCGGAAGGCUAACCGGGUACUAUAACUUAUCCAGAGCUAACUGACAAGUUAUCAGAUGCAGCGAGGCACAAAAAAAAGGUUUAUUUCUGUUGCUACUCUCUAGUUUCCACUAAAAUGUUUUAUAAGAGUGGAGCGUUUCCAAAAGCAGUUAAGUGCAGAAAGCUGCUGAAUAAGAAGAACAUGAUAUCAGUUUACUGGAAAUGUUCCCGAUUUCAAGCUUUUAAAGGAACACAAAGAAAGUGAAAUCACACAACUUUGAGAUAUAAUGAAGAAAUAACACUCAGUGCUUCAAAAUAACUAAAAGUGUCUGUUUAUAUCAAAGUGUUGAUUGCAGAUGAAGACUGCCUUGACCUUUGACUUUCAUAGAAAGAAGGAAAAACUGGUUCAUGUCUCACAGAUUUCUGGUUUUUGACUUUGCAGUAUCGAUCAGAUCUUGUUUCUGGUUUCUGUGGAGUUUUGAUUUUCUUCUCCUAUAAUUGUUCAAAGUCGUCUUAAAGUCCUUUGGCCAUUGUUCAGUCAUCUUUGAGACAGUAUCCAGUCUCUUAUACUAUGCUUUUCUGUUAAACUUGACACAGUUUCCAGUCAUACUUGAGUUUUUUCCACUUCCUAGUUCCGAGACCACCUUAAGAUAAGAAGAACUUUAUUGUCUAAUGUCAUCUCCUAUUUACAGAAGAGUUCAACAGUCUGAUGUCUGUGGGAACAAAAGAUCUUCUAAAUCUUUCUGUCAAUCAUGAAGUUCAUGAUGGUUUUUAACCCAACCCUCUUUGCAGUAGUUUCUAGACCCCUUUCCAAGAUCUCCAGCCUUCUUUCAUGGGUUUCCAGUCUUCCUUGCUUUGGUUUUUGGUCCCCCAGUGUUUUUCAAAACCCUCAACCACAGAGAGAGCUGGAGUUUCAGGUCCUCUUAGCGUUGUUUUCAGCCUCCCUCUGGACUGUUUCUAGAGUCUUUUGGUUUCUAGAUCCUUCACAUAUUCAACGUCUUUCAUUUUUCUUUCUAGGGUUUCUCGGGUUUGUGAGAUUUCGUCCCCUUUGCGAUGCUGAUUUUAGUUCCCUCUCCGUCUUGUGAUGGUUUUUAGUCUUCCUUGAAAUGGUUUCCCAGUCCUUUUCUUCUUCUUGGGUUGGGAUCUCUUGAAUCCUCCGUCCGUUCUUGUCUUUUCUUGCCUUCACAGUCCGUCCUCUCCUUAAGGUUUUAUCCAUCCUCCUUUUUACUGUUGCUCUUUAGUUAAUUCCUCCUGUUCACACACACACACACACACAGUACCUGGGAUCUGUCUACGUAUUGAUCCCUUUACUCUCUCUCUCAAGUACAUUACAUGCUAAGUCAUCAAACAGGAACCCGUCAUUUUCAUUAACACUUUUACUAUCAUCGACCUCAUCCCUCCCUCGCUCUGAGAUUCUUGCCAGUCAUCUCUUCUCCUCCGCUCACUCCUCCCUCAUCUGGCUUUAAUUCAUUUUCUCGUUUUAUUUGCUCGUAAGACCUCGUCUCUCUCUCUCUCUCUCCCGCACUUUUUCAUCGGUCGAGUCCGGGGCCUCGUCUCUUUCUUCAAGCCCUCACCGUCUCAUCUGUCUCCAACUAUCCCUCUUUCCUUUGCCCUACAUCCCUCUCUCUCUCUCUCUCUCCCUCUCCCUCCCUCCCUACCUCCCUCUCUAUUGAUCCAGCCAUAGUUUUCUGUCUUCCCUGUGCUGGCUGGCUGGCUUUAAUCAAUAUAGAUAAUUGUCUGCUUUCUCUUCAUGCCAAACACGCUACGUUUUUUCUCAAUGAAUCCAGGUCUUUCCCCUGCCCCUCCCCUCGUUCCCUCCAUGCGGGAAUCCCUCCGUUAAUGACGGGAGAUAACCUGCUUUCCUUACCGAUUUUUUUCCUGCACCCCACCCCUCUCACCCCCCUCCCCCCCUCUCGUUCCCUUGUUCAUCGAUUACCGUGAGAUAUCGCCCCGCGUGCCCCCGUCAAGAAAUGUAAACACACUGGGCCACGUGGCUCGACUGUGAGUACAAACAGAGACAGUUAUACAAAUAUUCAGAUUUACACAUUUACUCCACCAGAGAGACCCUGAAACAACAUCACAGCCAAAUUCAGCGUCUGGAUUCAGGUGACGUUCGAGCAUCUCAACUCCAUAUUAUCACAUAUUUUUUUAACUCACAGCAACUUUUAGACAGAAAUAAACCCUCACUUCUGAAUAAAACACAUCAUUUCAUGAACCCAGAACAGCCUGGAGCGAGUUUGAUUUACUUUAAUGUGUUAAAGGAAAAUCAUAAAAGAAGAUAUCUUUAAAAAAAACUGUUGAAAUAUUGAGCGGAUAGAUACAAUCCUAAUAAAAGCAGAGAAGGUUUGUGAAAGUUAGAUUCAUUACACCACCAAUAAUCUGAUAAUCAACAGGUCAAAACAAUAGGGCUCUACUUAAGAGGGACUGUUUGGGUAAUAAGAGAAGAGAUGAGAUAUUCCUUUAAUAGUCCGACAGGAGGAAAUUCCAAUUCACAGCAGCAUAAAUACAGACACAAAAAGAGAAAUUAAAGGAUAAAGAAAAAAGAUCUGUACAUGAGUCUCAUAAAACUAAAUAGAGAACCAAAGAUGAAAACGAAAGAGGAAAAAAAGAGGAAAAAGCUCCUUAGAGUUCACAGAGCCGCCGUUCGUCCAGUGCCAGAAAUCAAUACAACCUGAUAAUCCCAGUUUCAGAUUAAAUGUGCGUUAAAGUACAGAUUAGUUUGUGAAUAGUUUAGAUCUGUGUUUGAGGAGAUUCACAAUUACCUGCAAAUAUAUUGAAUUAAAGAAAUAAGAUUCUAUAAUAAAACUGUCAUUUUGUAUUUCCUACCGGAUUUUCUUUCUUUGCACCAUACAGAAUAAAAAAAAAGACCAGCUGAUCAACUUUCCAAAAAAAUACCACAAAAAUCAGAGAGAUGCCAACAUCCUAACAUUGGUGAAGUUUGUGUCAGUAUCUGCUGAAUGAACAAGUCUUCUUAAAACUGUUCAGAUGUUAAAGGGAUUAAAGACACAUGUUUUUUUUUUAGUGACACCAUUUUUUAACAGUGAAAGAAAUCAGCGGAGUUUUAAUCUGAGAAAAUUAAAACACAGACUUCAAGUCUGAGUGAGGAGAGAACAACACGUGUGAGUCUUUCUGUCUUUCUAUCUUUGUCUGUUUUUCCGUCUUUCUGUCUUUCUUUCUUUCCUCUGCCUGUGUUGACAUUAGUACAGCAGACCUGCACAUGAAGGCAAACAUCUGAAACAUACACAAUGCAGCCGCUCCCUGACAGCAUGCGGUCCUGGCAUCCACACAAUUAGAGGCUAUAGGGGGGAAUGGCAAGGCCACGCUGUAAUUAUAUAGCUCUAUAUGAAGCUGAGUGAGGUGGGGACGGGGGGAGGCAAAGGGCGGGGGGUACUGUAUACUGCGCUGCAUUGUGACCCGAGCUGCUGCAUUGAAAACAUUGCUCGGAAUCGAUGGUAUUUCUUGGCAUUGAAUAGAGAGGUCUGAACACUGAAUCGUCAACUUUCUUCACAAACGCUGUAUAACCAUGUCUCAAAAAAUCAAAACGUUCAUCUCAAAUGGUUUCACAAUCUCCACAGAAUACAAUAGGCGACAUCCUCACACCUCGAUCCCUCAGAGGAAAGGAAAAACUUUCCAAGAAAACACACGAGGAAAAUGGAAAUAAAAGAAGAAACCUUGUUAGAGUGUUUCUAUUGGACGCAGUAAACCAACUCAGUGAAAUCACAUCAAGACUGUCAGGAUGACGGAGAUUUGGAUAGGUUAUUAAAAAUAUUACGUUUGUUAUUUCUGAGUGCUGCCGAACAAAGAGAGAGAGAGAGAAACCAAAGAAACCAAAAGUAAAAAAGGUAAAAAUCAAACUGAGUUAGAUGAUAACACAAGGCGAAGAGCGAAGCUGACAACGGGGCAACAGCAGAGCAACGGCAACACGAUGCUUUGAUAGUUGGUGAGAAAACUUUAAAUUGUUUUUUUUUUUACUAAUUAUCAAACAGACUGACAUAUUUUUACGACCUUUAAAACAACAAAGACCAUCAGUGACAAGAUUGUUAUUUCAAGCAGCAAAUUUAGUUAUAGUUCGAAAAACGUGUACUACUUUGUCCAAAGGGGGGCGCCAAAAUCAACACAAAUUAAAAGUCCCUUAAUGGAGCUUUAAAACGAUUUAAUACAGAGAGAAGAACUGACGACUCAUGUGGGAGGCUAGAAAUGCAUUACCAAAGAAAAAGAGGUGAUUUGCUCGAAUUUUAGACAUAAAACUAUUAGAAGAAAGAGUCGAGGACGAAAAGAUGGUUUUUAAACGCUGCCAAUUUAUUUCAUAUCACUAUAUUAAGCCCGUAAAGUUAAGACUCCUGGUUAAUAAGAAGGGGGAGAUAUAGAAACAAAAACUUCCUGUUAUACUUUUCCUGUUUGAGAUUAUCAGCUUCAACCUUUUGUAACCAAAAAAAAAAAGACCUUCCGUUGAAUCAUCAGAGUUGGUCUCAGUAUUGAAAGAAAACCUGAUCUGUAAUAAAGGAGAAAAACACGGUUCAAAUCCUCCACCUCUGAUCAUCCUUCAGAGCGUCAGCGUCUUAUUUUCCACCGUCAUCCCACCAGAGGAAACCGCGUCUUUAAUUCUCAUGUUACAUUUAAAGGCUCGUCCCCAAAUAGCUCCUCACAAAUUGGAUUUUGAAAUCCUGGGACUGUUUUUGUUCUCGACUCUGUUAUUCGCUUCGUUUUCUUUCUUUAACUUUCACCCCUUCUCCGCUGUAAACCGUAGAAACCCGAGGCUGAGGUAUGCAAGGUCACAGUGUAAAUAAAGUAAAGAACAGAUGUAGGAUCCUGGAUCCACAUACACACAUAACCUUUUUUCUAACAAAAGCAUACAGAGGCAGGGUGGAUUCAAAAACCAUUAAGAAACUGAGGAGAAACAACAAAACAGCACAUUUAAGCUGAACGACAGGAAUGUAUGGAACAAAUCGAAGGCCGUGACAUAUAGCAUCAAGGUCCAACAAUAACAACCACCGCAUGUCACGAAUGUGCCCAUCAGGGUUAUGUAGCUCGAAAAAUAUGGGGUUUUUUUGCAUUCAGAGUUUUUCCUUAAAUUCAACAUUUCUUUAAAUGAAAAUCAGCUGAAGGAGGAAAAAGAAAGCGCCUCAAAAACAGCAUCGAUCACGAGGAGACGGAGCUGAACUUCCCUCCCUUAUCUCCUUCUUCUUCUUCUUCUUCCUCCUUCUUCUUCUCUCUGCUCUGUAACUUCGCUCUUCGCCACAGAGAGACCGACCCUGUAACCGCAGCAUUUCGGCCAUUUUGAGCCUGUUGUGUAGAGCUUGUUUGUGCGCGUGUGUGUUUGUUUGCGUGUACUUGGCGCGCGUUGUGUCUGUGUGAGAAAGUGUGCUGGUGCAGAGAGAAUGGACCCUUAUCCAAUUUGUACUGGUCAGUAGUGUGAAAUGGCGGUAGGUCAGUCAGCCAGGCAGCGCGUGUUCAUGUGUGUGCGCGUGUGUUUGUUCAUGUCUGUGUGCUUGUGUGUGUGUGUUAGUUGCACAUAACCCCGUGGUGGUCCAGCAUGUGCCAUCGUGCUUUCAUCUACACUGAACACACACACACACACAGAGUCGAACACGUGAUUAUGGCCAAAAUAAUAAAGAGACACAGUGUAAGGCACGAUAUUAUAGUGAAAAGUAUAAUGGCAUCAUGCUGGCAUCCCUGUUGUGUGCUACAGUCUACACACACACACACACACAGGGACUCACAUUCCACCCACGAAAAAAGAGACUUUUCCAUUAAAUUGGUCGUUAUUGUAUAGUCUACCCCCUAUGGAUCUGAUCCAUACAAUGACACAUACACACACACACCCAUUUCUCUCUAUUGUUGUUGUAAUUAUCCUCACGCUGGAAGCCUGUAAUUGUGCAUUUUGGUGUGUGUAUAUGUGUGUGAGUCGACAUUUGCUACCUUAACCUCACUGAUCUGAUUAUUUUCAGUCUGUUUUCUGUCUUCAAACCCCGGCGUUUAUUUUUAUUCUAAACUGAUUUCUGAGUUCUAAAACUUUAAUCUGUCGAAUCCUGAGAUUUUUCCCUGUAAAGAAAUAAAAAAAAACACACAGCAGCGGAGUGCGACAUUUCAAACGCGGUGGAAAGCCUCUCCUGAUCAAACCGGCGGUCAAACAGCAGGGCAGCGUCUGCGAAAAGGUCCAAACACGUGAAAAUACACUCACACUCGCUUAAUGACUCACUGUGGCUUAGAAGCACCGCAGUCAUUGUCUACAUCGGUAAUUGAGUAUUUUUCUGUACAUGUGUGUGUGCGUAUGUGUGUGUGUGUGUGUGUGUGUGUGUGUGUGUGUAGGACCAUGUGUCAUUUGGUGAGUGAACAUAAGUGGGUCUGGGGCGCUCUGUUGAUGGAAGGAGUGUAAAAAUAGAGAGAUAACAGCCACUCCGGAGCGAAAGAGUUGAAGGAGGAGGGGGGUCAGAGCAGGGUGGCCUUGAGCACACUUUCUUCCCCUCAGCCGUCGUUUUCGUCCAUCCCCCCCCCCCCCCCUCUCUCUCCCUCUCUCUCUCUCUCUCUCUAUCUUUAUCUAUCUAUAUAUCUCUUUCUCUCUGUCUCUCGGUGGCGCUCUGAUUCUUGCAGCCCACCUCGACAAAAUGGAGUUUGUUAAGUGGAAGGCAGCGACCACGGCCAGGAGGUUACAGAUUUAGACAAGUGACGGUAAAGUUAGCGAGCUUGGAUCUCCGAAAAAGUGAGGGAAAAAUAUGACGUUUUGUGAGCGGUUUGGAGACCUCAAAUCUUCAUCCAACAAUCAGAGGAAGUGAUUUAGUUUAAAAGAUUUGUAAAUAUCUUUCCUGAUCUGUUUUAUUCUGAUUAGAUUCCAGAGAGGCGAGGAAACGGAGGAAAAUCUUAAAUAUGAUUUAUUCUAUCGCACUAAAAAGAAAACCUCAAAUCUGUGAACGCCUCAGUGAAGGCCCGAUGACUUCUGCGCACACGAGCAGGCGUCGUUUUUGUCUCGUUAUAAGAAAUCAUAGAGGAGCGAGGUGACACACUGAAGGAGUGUCGUUCUUCUUUGAAUUUACAGACUGUGUGAGAAUCAGCAUCACCUCCUGCUAUCGUUUAUCGGCUGCAGACGUUUUUCUCCUUAUGCAAAAGCAGCACAAUACACAUACUGAGAGUGUUAAAAGCAAACACACCGAGCAUUUCUGUUCUUUUUUUCCCUGCAGUUCAGAAGUCGCUGCAUUGAGCCUCUUCAGAAACCACAAAGGAGUCGGGAUGUUGGUGGAAAAAAACAGAAAAAGAAGCGCCGACAUGUCGUCUUUCCUUUCAUGACAAUUUAACAAUUUUGUGAAUAUGUGAAAACUCCCGUCUUUAAUCUUUUAUCUGCGUUUUCCAAAAGUAAAACAGUGAAACAGCAGCUUCGCAUAAAGGAGGAGGAGGAGGAGGAGGUCAGCGCUCUACUCCGGCCCUCCUCCUCCUCCUGAAUUAUUGGAAAGUUGGGUUCACUGUAAGGAAGCAAAAAGAGAGGGGGGGGGGGGUUAAAUCAUAUCACCUACCUCAGCCCCUCAUCGCCUCCCCUGCUGCCACCGCUCCAUCCCAUCCCUCCGUCCCUCAGGGUGAUUUCAGAACCUGCAUCCCCAUCCCAUCUUAUCCCCAAAUUCGGAAUCCGCCCGGAGCGUCCUGAUCCCUGCCUGCUGGAACUGAGGGCGGUCACGCUCCCAGAUUAGGGAUUUCUGAUGCAACUCCAGUCAGGACAGCAGCUCAGCCCUGCAGCCCAGGGUUGUGCUGUCUGUGUGUGUGUGAGUUUGUGUACCUCUUCAAGCGUAUGAGUGUAUUCAUGUGCUGCUGCUGCUGCUGCUGCUGCUGCCGGUGUUUCACCUGAACUCGUGUUUGUGUGCUUGAGUGGAAACUUGUGCGUUCGGGUUCGUUGAUGUUGCACACGCCUCGUCCCUAAAAACCUCGCCGAAAUGAGAGAAAAGAGCCAGAAAAGGAUAUUAGAGGAGGGAAGGGUGUGUUUGGAGGGUGGGGUGAGGCGGGGGGCUACAGGCAGCAGUCAGCGGCCUCUGCAAAAGGGCCUCAUGUGUGUGCAGGUCCUGCUACCCCCUCUGAGGGGCCCCGAUCGAUACAAACUCAGAGCAAUAAAGCUUUCCCCCUGUCAUCUCCGCAGAAUACAAAGCAGAGCGGGGAAGGGAAGGGGGGAGGAGGGGGAGGAGGGAUAGGGUGGUGGGGAGGGAGUGGGGGGGAGCUGUUCCGCUAGCCACACCAAUUUCCUAACCCCCCUUUUUUUUCACCUCCCCUCUUCUUCUUCUUCUUUUUCUUCUUCUCUCCCCCAUUUCCAACCUUAACCACCUCACCCUGCACCUUUCCUUUUACCCCUCUCCUUCCCCUCUUCUUCUUCUUCUUCUUCUACUACUCCCAUCUCGCUCGCGGCGGCCUCAGCCAAAGCGAACAGACUGACAAGCUGCCUGUAUUUUAUAAUUAAUGCUGUUUGAAUAAAUACUCUUAAUAAUUCAUCGUUGUUAUUUAAGGAGAGAUUGAUGGAUUGACCGAGGGAGAGAGUGCGGGAGAAAACAGAGCAAAGAUCAGGUGGCGGAGAAAAGGUUGGAAAUGGACAGCGAGAGGAAGCGAGAGCGGCGCAGAGUGAGGGGUUUAAAAUGAGGGGGGUAGGCGCCUGUAAGAGAGGAUGGGGAUGGGGUGACGGCCGUAGAAGAAGAAGAAGAAGAAGAGGGGGGAAGGGAGUAGAGGUAUUACACUGAGCGAGAGAUGGAUGUGUCAAUGGAGAGGAGCUCGGGCGGAGAGAUACAGAGGUGGAGGUGUGUGUGUGUGUGUGUGUGUGUGUGAGGAGGGGGUGUUUAACGGGACAGGAAAGGAGAGGACAGGAAGGGGUAAAGAGGUCAAAUAAGCGCUCUGUUUAAUUGGAAGCCAAUUUAAGUCGGGUCCAAUCGAUAAACCUGUAAACCUAACCAUCUAACGGCACGCACCAUAGAUCAGCGAGCAUCCACGGCUGCAGGAGAGGGCGGCCGGCCGGCUGCUUUCAACCCUCCUCACUCAUUCAUUCAUUCAUUCACUCAUUUGUUUCCACUUGUGGAACCCGGAGACCCGAAUCAGCCUGAGAAAACCUUAAUUUUAAAGCGAGGAGCACACACACUCCAGAGAUCCAAACGCUCUGAACAUAAAUAUCCCCGCGGUCACACGACAACCUCAUAACUCCAAAUUGAAGGAUAAUAUGAUCUUCUACAGGAGGGGAAAAUCCGGCCCGCCUUCCCCUGGACUUAUGAGAUCCUUUCAGUCCCCGUUGAAUAAACCUGGUGGUCCAGCUGAAAGGAGGCAGGACUCAGAAUUAGACCAGAAGAAGAAGCAGAGAAAAGCCCACCACACCUAAAUCUCUGUUUCUGCCGUUUUAAUCAAACUCAUCCUGAUAAAAACUGUUUUUUUUUUACGUUUUCACACAAACUCUGUGUGUAUACGGUAAAAAAAAUCAAUGCUCUGAAAAGAGUUUUUUAACCUUACAUUUUUCUUACAUUUAGGCUCCAACUUAAGAAAAGGAACAUAGUAGUUCUGUGGUUCUGGAUUCAGGAUUUAGACUUCACCUCAGCACCACAAACAUCAUCAUCAUUAGCUGAAUUUUUGCAUGAAUCAGAGUUUCAGUUUCAUCCUUUUCCUCAAAGUCACAUCAUAAAUAUUUUUUGCAUUUUCUUGCGUUAACUCUUCUAGAAUAAUUCCUCUAUCGUAGCGCAGGAUCACAGACGAAACAUCCCGCCUCUCUCAGACGUGGAUCUUGUGUCUUGGAGGCUUUUACCCGACUCUUAUUUUUCUUUCUUUCCUCUCUUUGAAACCUCCUUCCCCAUCGCCCCUGUCUCAUUUUUCGGUCAUCUUUCUGUCCACUCUGUCCGUUCAUUUUGUCAUUGACUCUGUUGCUCACAAUCUGCCCCCCUCCCUCCCUCAUCCAAUCACUCACACACCCCAUCAAGGCGAGGCUGUGUGUCUUUGUUAGUCCAAAUUGUCACUAGCUUCUCCUUCCUGUGAGGAUGCUCUGUCACACUGCGGUGGACUCAUUUUAUUUCUUUUCUUUUCUUUUUUUUUUCCUUCUUCUCCAGUCGAUUCUUUUCUCCGUUUUCCACGUUAUCUGUCUUCAGUGCUUUAUUCUCUCAUUGCUGUCAUUGUUGUAAAUUUCGCCUCGCUUGUUUCUCUUUUUGUCCGUCUUUGCUCAUUUAUUUCUCCUCUCCACAUUUCCUCUCUCUUUUUUUUCCUUUUCCUCUAAUUCUCGUUUUCGGCACACCUCGUUAUUUUUCCCUCCUUCAGCCAUUAAAACCAGAUUCCUAAUUUUAUUUUGGUCGCCUGUUUGUCAUUUCCUAUUUCCUCUCUCCUCAUUUGCUUUUGCCCUCUCCUCUCAUGUGUCUCCCUGACUGUCCCAUCAUCACCUCCCCUUCCUCUGUCUCCUCACUCCCUUGUUUUCUCUCUUUGAAACCAUCUCACUCACAUCUCCCAGCCUCCUCCAUUAUUCCCUCAUAAUUCCUCUAAAUUUUUACCCUCCUUUGUGUCUUUUGCUCAUUUGUCUCCAACCCCAAACAUCCCCAAACCCCCCCUGUCUUAAUAAACUCAUUUUCUUCUCCGUUUUUUACGACACAGCUUUGGGAUUUUUCCUCUUUUUUUUUUUUCUUUUUUUUUUGGAAAAAGGAGGUAACACGCAGUGGCCAUUUCCUCCUUCCCCCUUGUCCUUCCUCGCUUUAUUUCUCCAUUUCCAUCCCUCCAUCCCCGCGUCCCGCUCCUCGGGGAGGGCAGUAAUAAUGGUAGAGAGAAGGAGAGAGGGAGGGAGGUGCGAUUAUUGUCUUGUCGGGAGUCAGAAGAAUCGAUCGGCACAGAAAUAUGUGGUGCGAGAAAGAGGUACUGUAUCGGAUAUAAUAAACACUCUAGAGACAUAUUCGGAAAGCGCUCGCCCUCGCGCACGUCCUCAUAAGCCGCACACACACACACACACACGUACAACACUCGUAUAAUCACUCUCUGUCUCUGACUCACACACACGAAUACAAGGUGUGCAUAAACUCAUACAAACACUCGAACACAAAUCACCAAAGAACCAACACUGUGUUAGUCAUUCACUCUGGAGAGGCAGCUACAAAGCGCCGUCCUCUGUGAAUACCGUCCAUGUAUGAAACAAGUCACUUAUGAAAAGUAUCGACUUCUCAGCGUGAGUAUUAUCUUACACAUCAGCGCGUGUAAACCUGCGUGGGAGGACUGAAAUGUGCGUGUCCUGCAGAUAUUUGGCCUUUUUUCAGAUGGGAAGUGGUUUGUAUUUCUAAAGAAAAAAACACGCCAAAGAGUUUUCUAUGCAUGAAACAUUUUCUUUACAGCCUGAAGUCGAUGAGAUUUCUCUAUUCAUCAGAGUUUUUUAACCUCAGAAGCUGCCGGACCCAUUCUUAUUCUGGCAUUCCCUUUUUUGUCUACAAGGUGACUUAUUUGAGGAUAUUACACAGAAUAGUCCUUUAAUAGUGGUUGUUUGAGACAGAAGGAAACACAUAGUACCUCCACGCCCUGAAGGAAACUGUCUGAUUUUGAAACAUGCGAGACCAAAUCUCACAUUAUCGUCAUUUUAUGCAACAAAAGCCGCCAAACUUCCUCAUUUCUCAUUUUGAAGUGACUCCCUGGUUACACCUUUGUCCUAAUCGGCGACUCUAACGUGAUUAAGACUUGGAAACAACGCGGAAUAAUCCUUUAAUAGCGGUCGUUAAAGUGUAAACAUCAGCGCAGACAUUAGCAUGCAGCACUUUGUUUGCCUCACACCGGAGCCGCAGCUUCAGCCGGGGAAACAUGUUUAUUUUUAAUGAUUAACACUCUCGCAGGUACACACACACACACACAAACAUGGGAGAGAAACACACACACACACUUACACUUGGAUGUGCGCACAUGUGGACACACACGCACACAGUGAUCUUUCAUUGCUGUUGCCUGGCAACGGGUCUGUGUGUCCUGUGCUAGCAGAGCGCUGUCCAGCGGUGCCAUGACCGCUGCAGCUGACCACUACUGAAGGAGAGGAGAGGAGAGGAAGCAGAGACGGGGAGAGGAAGAGGAGGCGUGGAGGGAGGGAGGAAGGAAGGGGUAAAGUGAAGGAGACAGAGAAAGAGAGAAGGAGACCAGUAAGAGUUGGAGGUGGGAUGUAUAAAUGCGGUUAAUGUGGAGAAGUAACGUUAAACUGAAGCAGUAAAAAUGGUUUCACAAAGACGCUGUGAGGUGGAGGAACAGAGUCUGAGAGAAGACUCACAGUCAGGCCUGAUUCCUUCAGAGCAUCUGUUUAUCCAGAGCUGCUGCUGCUGCUGCUGCUGCUGCUGCUGCUGCUGCUGCUGCUGCUUUAACGUGGAACAGAUCUAAUGUGAGCAGAGUGAAGCAUAAAGACGGUCAACUCACUCUCAAAGAUUCCCGUCAAUUUAAAACGUGAGAACGACACGCCCUCCCCAAACAAACUCAGCAGCAGCGUUGUUUCUGGAGAUUCAUGAUUUGAUCCGACUUCCUAAACACGCUCCGCUCUUUGUACCGGUACACUACUGCUCCCUGCUGACCCUUACCUUUCCCUGUCACUAACUUACUAUCUCGCUCAGAAGUAGUCCACCUCAUGAGUGUUAUUAUCCAUGUGGUUUCUGUUUGAGGAGAGACGAGUAUGAAGGAAGUGAAUCAACCAGCAUCUGUCUGUCCCUGUUUAUGAGCCUUUAAAAGACUCAAAAUUAGAAAUAACUGUAAAUAAUAUCAACAAACUUCCAAAUCACUCCUAAAAACACACCUUUUUAAAACGGCUUUCAACCUGUAAACUGUUUUUUUAUUGUAUUUUUAUGUCAUGUCUAUUUUAACCUUUUACAUUGUUGGACUAUUACUCCAAAUUACUCUUGUACUUGUGAAAGCGUGUUAUAAAUAAUAUUUUUUAUUCUUAUUACGACCAAAUGUCCAAAGAAUAGAGAACUCUCAGACAGGAAGCACAUGAUCAUCUGUGACUUUGAAAACGACUUUAAAAUGAUCCCAGUCUGGAUCCAGUUUGAGCUAACCCAACAGAACCACAAGGAGGUCAAACAAUAACUAAAAUAUGGAUAAAAUAACCAAGUUCAUUCCCCAUUUUCUCAGCAGUUACAGAAUUUUUAAUGUCAGAGGUGAUGGUGCCUGCUCUUAAUUUUCAGUCUGCACUCUUGUACGUCAAAAAUAACCAUCAAAAAGCUUUAGUACCUGCGAAAGUCCAUGUUGUGGUUGAAGGUGGAGCGAGUAAAGUGACUAAAUCCACCAAACUGCUACGAUUACCUGAAUGUGACGACCGUAGAUGAGACCAACGUGCUUCUAGACAUGAUUUUUAAUGUUUUAAUUUCACUGGAUAUUUUUGACACACUUGAAACAAAGUCCUUUUAGUGCAUUUAGUUUUGAAGAAUAUCAACACAGCUGUCCCCCGACAAACACAUUAACGUUCCUCUUUGGUUGAUUUGAGGUUCAAGGUGAGCUCGCUCUGAUUGGAUGACUCAUUAUUCCAUUAAGCUCUGUUUCAUAAAGGUGCACCACUGCGCUCUGUUGACCUCUUUCCAGGAGCCAAUUUGCCGUCUUGCACCAAAAUAUCAUCCACCUAAUGAGGAUUAUCCUCACCGAGGUGUUUAUCUGUGUCCAGAGUAAUCCAUAUGAAGAAAAGACAAACACCUGUGAAGAGGCGGGGAUGUAAUGAGAAGAGAGAUGGACGGAUUGACAGCAGAGAAAGAGAGAGAGAGAAUGAAGGGCAGGAAAACAGGUGGUGGAGGUUCAGAUGGAAGAGGCGAAGGUUCGAGGGAAGUUCAAGAGAGAUGCUCACAUUAGAGCUGAGGGAAAGGAGGAAUGAGGGAGAUCAGAAUAAAUCAAGAAAGAGAGCAAGUGAGGGAGACGGAGCGGUUGGAGGUGAGGGACAUCGUGAAGGAGGACGGAUGGUAAUAGAGAGGCGGAGAGUACAGACGGGGUUUUAGCAAAGUUAGCUAACAGAACAGAAUAGAAACUGUCUGUCUGCUGUCAUUAGACUCAGUGCAACAAAAAGAAGAAACGCUUCAUACUUAAGUGGACGACAUUCAUAAGUGAUCAUUCAUUCAAGUGUUAGUGAGUGCUGCUGCUCUGGAAAGCAAAGAAUGCUCCGUAAAGAAAAUAUAUCACAUUAAUAGAAACAGAUUAGCUGAAAAAUGUGGAAGACGAGGAAGUUAAUGUACACGGACUCAUCAUCGCUGACACGAGAUUCUAUAGCUGUAAAUAAUCCUCCGUUUGUUUUAAAGUUUCAGGUUAAAACCAGAGUCAGGUGGAAAUUCAGUCAUCGACUUUAACUUCUGCACAAAUAAAUACGUGACACACUCUGAACCCUUUAUCUGCGGCGUCUAAACCCCACAGUCCACAGCGCAGGAUCUGAACGAACAUAAACACAGUAGGGUGACUGAAUCUGGAAGUCUAAUUUCUCUGUCAUAGGAUUCAUUAUGGAGAACAUGCCGGAGUUUCUUAAUGCAGCUGCUCUGUGAUAUAUGCAGCAGCCUCUGUGCUCAUUUACUGCAGGGUAUAUUCUCAUUAUAUGUAAACACAGACACACACUCUGCUCUGUUGUGUGGCUUUUUGGUUUGUUCUCAGCGGCUGUGUGGCGGUCAUUAAACCAGACACAACACACGCCGUUCUUUUUGUGUCGUGAACUAAACGUUGAAUUUGAACCAGUAUAGAAGGAGACAUCGUGGUGCAGAACUAAGUUGGAGUUUAUCUUUAACAUUUUUAUUUUUUUUACUCAGUGCAGGUUUGACUUCAAUGAGAAACAUUUGGACUAUUUUUGUGGCCUUCCUAGAUAAUCAACUGGACUAAACUCCAUUUUUACACCCUUCAAUCUUUUCCUUCCGUUUAAUUUUUUGCCAACUGCUGUUUCUGAGUUUGAUUUCAAAAUAGAAAAAAAAAAACCUCUGCACAUCCAUUUCUCGGGACAGGUGUUGCAGAGGAGUGUGGAAAAAAUUGCAGAACUCCCACACACUUGGAAAAACCUGCAUGCAUUUGCACCGUUCCUGUCCCAGACCGCUGUUCGCCUGAAGACGGUCAAGAACCAAAACGCUGCAAAAAAAUGACCUUUUUACAAGAGUGAGAGUGUGCAGGAGUUUUUCAUUUGUAAAAGUGUUAUUUGGAAUCAUUUGGGUGCAUCCAAAGACCCCAACAUCCAGCAGCUGUAACAAUUAUAAUUUUUAAAAUCACGGAUAAAUCUUUAAAGUCACUAUUUGCAGACUAAAAUCUUUAAUUCUGAAUGAAAAGCAGCAUUUCUAAAAGGAUUAAUUGAUCUAAAGCUGAUGAACCUGCGACUGUUUGAUUGAUCGAUUGAUAAUAAUUCAGUGUUUGGAGGAAAAAGUCAAACGCUCUUUAAAUGUGAGGAUUUAAAACGUCAUUAAAACAAAAAAAAUCUGCAGAUUCAUGGAUAGUUUUUAAAAAGUACAAUUUUUUAAGAUUUACACAUAAUGAUGAAGAUAAAAAGACUCAUGAAUAUGUGUGUGUGUGUGUGUGUGUGUGUGUGUGGCAGUGAGUGUGACAGGGGACAGGUGGAAAAGGCAGGCAGCUUGUGUUUGUGCGCGUAAGUGUGUGUGUGUGUGUGUGUGUAUCACUGCGAGGCACGAGGAGGCUGGGACCAUGUGCCUGACCUCUGACAUCCACACGCCAAACAGCAGCAGGGUAACCCCCCCCCUCCCUUCAAACACACACACACACACGCAGACCCACGCGCCGUCUGUCACCGGCCCCUGACAGGCGUGACCGAGGCGGGGUGGGUGGGCAAAAAACAGAAAGGAAAGGGGGGCAAGUUUAAGACCCCUCCAGCCAUCGUAUCCCCCUCUUUUUUUUUUAAACCCCCUCUCUCACUUAUUCCCCCUUUUCUAAUUCCCUGACAGUGACCCUGCAACCCCCUCUAACACACACACACACACGCACACACACACAGGCUGGCCAUGUCAACCCAAGACGACAGAUACAUCAUCUGCCCAGUAUCCUCUCUCUCUCUCUCUCUCUCUCUCUCUCUCUCUCUCUCUCUCUCUCUCUGUUAUUAGCACUGAAAGGAUGGGUAAGAGGACGGGUGGAGGGGGUCUUCCUUGAAUCUGAGCGGCUGCUGCUGCUCUCAACUUUGCCCCAGGGUGGAGGAGCCCGCUGUGGUGUUGGUCACUGCCGGACGAGUCUCUCUAAAAAAACAAAAAUCUGCUCACAGACGCUUUCAAACACACACACACACACACACACACACACACACACACACACACACACACACACACACACACAUUUCCAGAUGCAGAAAUGUGUGUGUGUGUGUGUGUGUGUGUGUGUGUGUAACAUCUGGAGGUCUGGGAUUAAUUUUAUACACACUGGACAUGUGUGAUGUUCAGGGGUUUUAGUGUGUGUUUGCAUUUAUGAGGCGGUGGGGAUGGAUGGAUGGAUGGAUGGAUGGAUGGAUGGAUGAUGGGGGGGUUAGGGGGUUGAAAGGCCUCAUGGCCAGAGGGGUUAGGGGCAGUUAUAUGGAGGGUAAAGACGGAGAGGAGGGGGUGAGAUGAUAGAAUGAUUUUAUGGGGUCCCUCCCUUCAUAUGCUGAGAGGACGGAGGAGUCUGGAAUAAUAAAGGUGUGUGUGUGUGUGUGUGUGUGUGAGUGAAAGAGGUGGAGUGUGUUAGAUCUGAGGAGGCCAUGUUUGAGUGAAAUGGAUCCAGUGUUUUAUUCGAUGAUAUUAAAGAGUGGAGGUGGAGUUAGCUGCUGGUUUUCUUGGAGAUGUUUGAGGUGUAGUAGUCGUAGUAACAUCAGGAAUUUAUCAGUGUGGCAGCAGAGCAGGAGAGGAAGUGAGAGAUCACUGACAGAUUUGGUAAAAACACGAGUAAUUAUUAAAAACUAAAAAUAUCAGUGCAGCCAGCUCUGAUUUAUAACGCUGGUUAAUCUACAGCUGGACACUGUGGUGUGUUUGAAGUGCAGGGAGGGUGAAAACUGAACUAAUGACAGAAAAACUGAUCCUUAAAGAGGGAAAUCAGUUAGAUUUAUACGAGUCCUUAAAUGUUUCUUUACACCGUAUAAAAAUAUUCCUCCUGAUUUAAACUCAGAUCAUGUCAAAGUCUCUUAAAUUUUUACAGUUUUCAAACAUAUUUUUAAUCAGGACUAAAUGAUUGUCUGUACAUGUGACUGAGGCGAACAUCAGGCUGCAUACGAAGCAUUUUCAGGAGGGUGCUGCCCCCAUCUGGUCAUUAUAUGUAACUGCAGUCUAUCUCUGACUGAGGGGUAAUUUUGUCUCUGGAUUGUCAUUCGCAGCUUUAUUUCUGUCUUUUUUUCACUCUUUCACAUCAUUGUUGUGUUUUAUUUAACAGACAGAAGAACUUUGGGGUUUGAGCGCUGAGUUUGUCGGGCCUCAUCAGCUGAAAAUGUGCUUAUUGAAUCAUCUAAGAAUAAGAAGAACUUUAUUAAUCCAGAUGUCUAUUGAUCGGAGUCUUCUCAGUCUUCUCUCUUCAUGCAAUAAGUUGAUCUUGAACUCCUGAAUAAUGUGUGCAGCUGACCUUUUAAUGCACUAGAAUAGAGUUCCUCUUUCAUGGGAGAAUAACCUCAUUUUUAUACAGGGACAGGAUCAGCUUUAUUGCUUUGGGAUCACCUCAGAAGAAAACAUCCUUAUUGGAGCUCAUAGUACGAUAAAUCACACCGUUAGGACGUGUUUUUGACAUUAUUUAUGUCUGUACUCACUCAAACGUGACUCAAAUACAUAAUAUAUUAAAUUUAGGCUUAAAUACAGCGUGUCCUUUUUUGGUUUGAUUCUGUUCCUCUUAGAUUUCUGUACAUGCACGCUCCACAGGGUGAUGUUAUAAUUGUAUUAACCAAAAACAGAGCCGUGCUGGUGUUAUUAUCCUCCAUAAACGUCACACAGACCAGCAGCAGCUCAUAUUUAAGGCUCCAGUUUUCACCCAGAUCUCUAUUUUUUAGUUUGUCUAAAAGUCCUCCUCUCCAGAGAGAAAAAUAAGUCUAAAAAACCAGGAGACGGACAGAAGUUAAAAGCGUGGUGUGCAGCCGAGCGGUGGUGUUUCAUCCAAGAUGGCGCCCGCUGUGGUGCUGAGUAAUGUCUGCUGCUCAGGUAAGCACUUCCUCAGGCUCAUUCCUCCUGGACCAAUUACCGCUGCAGUCCCCGAGGUCACCACAAACAGAGGAGGCCGGUCCACAUAUCUGCCGCGUAGACCUGAUUCUUAAUCCCAGACCCACAUCCUGAGUCGAUAGAGUUUACAUCCAAAGAGCUAAAUGAGAGCGGGGUGUCCUCAGUUUUGUGGGUGUUUAAGUUUUUGCUUCGCAGAGGAAGUUUUCAAGAUGUAUUUAAUGAAAACGGGACGAAAUUAUCCGAACUGGAGUUUCACCGUCUGUUGUGAGGAACAUUUUACUUUGAUCAUAUCAAAAUGUUUUCAUCGGGCAGAGCUUUCAAACCGCCUCAGCACCAAAAACUGGAGUCAAAAGGUUAGGACAGAAUAAAGAAAGAAAACCUGUCCCAUUCUGCUCCUCUUCUUCUUCUUCCUCUUCUUCGUCAAAGCUGCAGUUUUCUUCCAGUUUCUCGAGAAACACUCUCCAUUUCAUUCAGACUCCAUCUAUUUUCCUCAAGAGUGGAGCUGAGUUUGUCUGUAACAUAACUGCAGUCAGAUUAAAGGAACAGAGAAAGCAGGGGCUGACCUCUCUGUCAGACACUAAGCAGUGAUUGUUUGUAUACCGUCGGUGUGUGUCUGAAUGCUGAAAGGAAACAAGCAGCGGGGCAGGAAGAGCGUAAUGAGAGCGAGGUCAAGGAAAGUCUCCAAAGAGUUCAUGCAGCUCUGAUUUCUUUUGUGUUAUUCCAAUCACAGAGCUCCGUGUCAUUGUGAGCGAGUUAAACUCUUUAUGGAGAGUUCAUCGAAGGUCAUGUGACUGAAAGAGCAGAAAGGAGGAAAAUUCUGACGACUGUUUAAAGAAGCCGACAACUUUCUCUUUUCCAGCUGCUUCAGUCUGUAUGAGCCGCAGAUGUCUUUUCACACCGCUGCAAAUUAAUCACAUCCCAUUCUUACAGCUGUGAUCAUGUUUUUAUCAUAUUUAUAUUUGUAGUUUCCAGUCAUUAACAAAAACAGCGAAGUCACUGCUAAUCUGACAUCAUGAGGCAGAAACGAGGAUUUCUUUUUGUGCAGCAAACGUUCGAACAUUUCCCGCAGAGUCUCAUGUACCUCCUUGUAUUUUUCCACGCACCCCUCUGAUGUCUGUGUGUGUCUGUGUGUGUCUGUGUGUGUUUCCUGCAGAUAUCAGGAUGUCUAAAGCAGCAGAGGAGGAGAAGCCUGGGGCGGACUAUCCAGGGGACAGUUCAGGUACACUCACGUUAUUUUCACAAACACUCAGCAACCUGAAACCGAUAUUUAUGUUACAGACAAGAGCUGAGAGAGCACACUAACAGACUGUCAAAUCAUGGCUACUGAAAUUUAACAAUCUCAUUAAACUGCAGAGACUCACAGUAAUAUUCAGAGCAAGAUACAAAAUGUUACCAGAAAACCUGCAAAAGAUGUUUAUUUUCAGUUCAGAGGAUGAAGAGCACAGAUUUAAUUUUAAGUUUGCUCGGACAACAUUAAGACAGAUGUGUAAAUCUGUGGUUGGGGUUAAAAUGUGGAAUCUAAAGGGCUGCACAAACAUAUUUCAGUUUAAAAUAAGGAAUAAAGACAAAAUAUGAAGCUGACGUGUAGUUUGUUUGUUUGUUUGUUUCCUUUUACGUGGUUGUGAUCUUGUUUGUAAAGCUCUUUUUAUUCAGAAAGGCACAACUUCAUCUCAGAUAUCAUGACACACUUACAUUAAUUCAGUUUGGACAAAAACUACAGAGCACAGCCUUCAUACAAAAGAAUUUAAAAUAAAAUAAAAGAGGGUCGGUUUACACAAAGCACAAGUGUGGUCAAAUAAAACCCGAUCUAAUUGGUUUCCAUAAACCGUUUCGAUCCAUUCGUCGAUGGUGGGAGUUUCCACUUUUAACCAUUUCCAGCAGUUUCUUAUCUUUUAUGUUCCACGUUUCAAACAUUAUAUCACCCAAAAACAUUAAAUAUUUUUGUAAGAUGUUUGUGGAUCUCUCCCCAGUAGGAUUUUAAUGCUUGGCAGUCCCAAAAAUAUGGCGGUGGUUGUCUCCAUUAGACCCACAGUCUCCAACACGCGUCCCCUCCACCUCGAUGAUGCUUUUGAACGGGCGUGAUGAAAAAUCUUUAUAUACUUUCCCGCCGUUGACAUUCAUUGUAGUCGACAUAUUUCCUCCCAGCUCUCUUGUGUACUUAUUGUCCUUGGACAGACCAUCUUAUGUAACUGUUUAUUUCUGUUUUGAGUGAGGGGCAGGUAAAAUAAGCUUUGUCUUCUACCUGCUUCCUCCCGGUCUUGUGCUGUGCUACAUAGAUGCCUUUUGUAUGAAUGGAAGUGCUUAAAAAUGUCCAUGAGCGGAACAAAUAAACUCUCUGACAACCUUCCUUCUCUGUGUUUCAGACUCAGACAGAAACAGCCCUGAUCAUAAGGUGAGUUUGAUUUAUACUAAACUGAACAUGUCAUUUAAAACAAAGGUCACAUGUCUCUUCUUUAUAUCAUAUUGAUCGUAUCGACUCUGAUAUCUCUUCCUAUCACAUCAGUAUUUCUGAUUGUUUCCUGUUUUAGAUGUAGGCUCUAUAUUUCUCUGGGAUCUCUCGGGACCCUGUUGACUCAGAUCACACUCAGGGACGUGUUCCAGCCUGAUCUGUGUCAGGUUGGUGUUUAUGUUGGUGCUGAAUGUGUGCGAUUACAUCUUCUUUUCUCGGGUGUUUUUAUGCCUCAGGUCCAGCCGAUGAAAUCCAGCCCCUACAGCGUCUCUCCCACACCGGCUGGCAGCAAGGUAUGUGUCUGUGUGCGUCUGCGUUUGUGUGUUUCUCUGGUCAGCUGUUGCUUAUAACCCCUUAUAAAAAUGGGUUUUCAGAAGACGCCACACCAAAAGUUUCAAAAAAGUAAUAUUAGAAAAGUUGUUCAUGUUUGAGGAGUGGUCUGAUCGCUCUAAUAGAGGCUCUUCUCCUGCAGCGUGUGUGCGUAUAUCACAGUGAUAGUAGCACCCACACAGGUUGUGCAGGUUUGCGUACUUUCCUGCGUGUACAGAUGUGCUCGAUACUACAUGUGCACACACACGGGCACGCAUGAAUCUUCUCUGAUAGCUGAAGUGAAACUCCUCUGAAUAUGCAAAUGACUCGCCGCAGACCACGCCCCCUUUACGGAGAGGAUCAAAAAGCGCCCAGAUUACAGGCAGACAGAGAAAAAGGUGUGAACAAGGUGAUGCUGAGUGAUGGACGCGCACUAAAGCCGCAGCCCGGCGCAACGGCGGUGAUUGAUGGGUAAUGACAGGACGGUGAGCAGGUAACGACAGCUGGAGGUCAGAGGUCAGCAGCUCGGGAAUGUUUCUGACACCCUGAAAACGAGGACGAUUGACUCAUCCCUCUGGACAGAUGGCCGGCUGAGACAUCAACCUGUGAGUCAGCAGUGAGAGGAGAGUCGGGUUCAAGUCCGAGUCAGGGAAGGAAAACUAAUGAAGCUCGGUCGAUUUGGAGUUUCUGGUCUGUUUCUACCUGGUGCAGAGAAACCUGUUUCCUGAGACUGUGAACGUGUUCAAGAGUAAAACUGGUUUAUCCCUCUUCACUGUGACAGAAACUUUAUGUUCAAACAUGUAAAAAUGUAGAAUAAUCUUGUUUUUAACUUCCACUGGUCUCUUAAAGGUGUGCACAGGUUGGUUUUAUAGAUUUAUAAAAUGCCAUCCUUCAAGUCUGCUGCUUUUGUUCUCCUCCUUCCUGACUUGAAAUAAAAACGUAAAAUAUGUUUAUAAUUGAAUGAUUUUUCAAACUAUAGCUGCUUUUCUAUGUUCUACAGAUAUUAGAUGAGAGGUAUCUAAGGUGGAGGUGAAGCACGUAAAAUACCACUUCAGAGAAUAAAUGUGUGUUUUUGUGUCAUAGAUGAAUCUGAACGGAAAGUAAAGUUGCAGAUUGAACCGUUUCCCUGUGAUCUUCUGCAGGUGAAGAGUGAGGAGAGCUCUGAGAUGACCCACAGCUCCGUCGCUCCUCCUGCACCUCCCUCCCAACAACAACAACAACAACAACAACAGCAGCAGCAGCAGACGCAACACCACCACACACAGCUGAUGCUGGCUGGCAGUCAGCUAGCAGGGGUGAGACAACACACACACACACACACACACACACACACAGACACACACCAUAUACACCAUAUCUUGUUGACAUGAUCAAACAGGUGAUCAUAAUUCUGUUUCUACGUUUCGUCCCUUUCAUAAACAAACACAAGGGGAGCUAAAAAGCAGGGACACCUCAUCAUCUCCUGCCUGAGCUCGACAACAAAAACUGAAAAUGUAGAAAGUUUGGGUAAACGGGGAAAUCUGAACUUUAUUUUAGAGAUCCUGACAAAGAUUCAACAAUCAAUGAGAGUUUUUUUCCAUAAUUCCGUCAGUAGACAAAAUAUUUAAUGCCAAAGGAAAUGUAAAAGUUUGUUGUGGUUGAUUUUACCGUGGAGCUUGUAUUGGGUUUGAUUUAGUUUAGAGGCAGGUGAGUAAAUGUGGUGCUUUUAUUUUGAAAUUUCGGAGCUCAGAUGAGAAGAGAGCCCUCACAGAGUAAUCAGAGGUCAGUGUUUGUGGGUCUGAAGGAUGUCUGAGACUCUCUGAGUUAAGUGGAUGGAUUUUCUUGCUUGUCUUGCUCUGGCAUGCUUUAACUGUCCUCUAACAGGUUCACCUACAACUCUGUUCCUGGAAUGCUAAGCUGACACCUCUCUUUGUGUUCUCUCUUUACUUUCCUCUCUUUUUUUUGUCUUCUUUCUUUUCCUUUCAUUAACCUCCUUCACGUCCCUUCUUCCUACCUUCUCUCCUUCUUUCUGCAUGUUUACAUCUUCACCUUCCUCCUUCUUCUUCUGCGCUCCCUCAGCUUGCCGCUCUCCUCCCGGCUCAGCAGCAGCUGCUCCUCCAACAGGCUCAGGCUCAGCUCUUGGCGGCCGCCGUUCAGCAGUCGAACGCAGCGCACGCCGCUCACGCCGCCCACGCUGCCGCUCAGCAACAAGCCAACCAGCAGCAACAGCAGCAGCAACAACAACAACAGCAGCAGAUCCAAUCACAGGCCCAGCAGCAACAGCAACAAACCAAACUGGAGCAAACUGUUCAAGCUCCUCCUCCACAACUGGCUCUGUCACAGCCAAUCCAGCUCACUGCCCAGGUAUCAACAACCAAUCCAAUCACCGAUCAUCUCCGAUAUGUCUGAACAGUGGUUAUUGUUUAUUGACGUUUAUGUGUUUGCGUGUUUUUGUUGCAGGACAUCCAACAGCUGCUGCAGCUCCAGCAGCUGGUUCUUAUGCCGGGUCAUCCUCUUCAGUCUCCUGCCCAGUUCCUCCUGUCUCAGCCAGCACAGGCACAGCAGACGCAGCAGGGUAACGUCCGCCCGCUGACUUUGAGAAAACAUGACAAAGAUGGUGGCGGCCAUAUCGGAAAUAGUGACUUUAACAAACUUUCAGCUCAUCUAAAAGGUGCAAACGAUUGACGUAGAGUCCUCAAGUCUUUCUGUGUGGCCACGGUGCGACCACCUGUCAGUCAUAAGAGGCCACACCCCUAAUUAUGUACAAGUCAAAGCCUUAAAAUAAUCUAAACAGGUUAGUUAGAUAGUGUUUCUGUCGAGGAUAAUGUGACAAGACUUUACACGUUUCAGUUCAGGGGUUUUAUUUUGUUUGCUUGGCUUUUGGGGCCUGCCUCAAGUGGACACUCAAGGAACUGCAAGAAAACUCCAGCUGGAUUUAAAGGGAUAUUCCAGCGUAAAACUAAUUUAGGGUCAAACACACAAUAACACAGAGUUAGACACCCCCUCCAGAGAUGAAUGUUGCCGACCGCUUACUUCUCUAGUUAUACCAACUUUAGUAACGACCGCAGGAUAGCAAUACAGAGAGCCACACGCUCAACCAAAACGCCACUCUAUAGACACAAAUAAUGCUCAGAACAGCACCUAACUUCAUCAACAGUACAUAUAGGGUCACAGCCAUAGUACUAGACACCAAACAUCUUUUUAACUUUGACUAAUUUCUUUAGCAAAGAGACUAAACACAACUCACCUACUCUCUUCCAGCAGCCGCUUGUUUGAAGUGAGACCUCAGGCCAGUCCAUUACGGACUACAGCGGGGUGACGCAGCUCAAGGAAGAACAUUUAUGAUCAUUUCUUUAUCAUUUCCUUGAAGUAAUAAUCAUCAUAUUAAUCAUUUUGCUCUGCAGACGCUGUAGUUCUUCUGUCUUAGCGUCUCAGUCUGAUUACAUUUCCAUGAAGAAAUGAUGUGUGUUUGACCUUGAAUUAAUUUUACGCCGGAAUAUCCCUUUAAUAACUGACCUUCAGCCCCACAGUUACUUUGAGUGGUUGAUAAAAACCACCAAGAAUGUAAAUAAAUGUAAUAAAUGAAUAAUAAUAAUGAUAAAUAGAUAAAUGUAAAUAAUUUCUGAGUACAGCACAUAUCUUUAAAAACAUGAAUCCCCCUUUGUUUUACUCCUUUAAGAUUACGAUAGUUUGUUCUUUGAGUCGGUUAAUUUCUCGCUCUUUCCUCCGCAGGUUUACUCUCGACGCCAAAUCUGAUCCAGCUACCUCAGCAAAGCCCAGGGGGACUCCUGACAACCCCUCCUCGUCUGGGACUCCAAGCACAGGUAAUCAGUCUGACUAGAGAAGAAGAAGAAGAAGAAGAGUGCAGAAACUGGCGGGGGUCCAUCGUGACAUUUACUCCAAUCAAACAGCAUCUGCUGCAGAAUGAAACAGCCGUCUGAUGAUCCUGUCAUGUGGAGGACAAACCAGCUCAGUGGAUCAUACAUCUCUGCUGCAUCAAUCUGCCUAAUACACAAAUAUACUAAAGCAAACACCUCACCUCACAUUCUCAGUUCAGCUCCUCUCUAACCGGAUGCAUGAAUGCAUCCUCACACGUCCAGGGGCCGUUAUAGAUUUGUCAUUAGGCUGUGAUGAAGUCGUGUCAGACACAGCGGCGGGCGUCUCCUGCUUGUUCCUGUUUUUAUGCACAGGGACGAUGAUGUAAAUGAGGCGUGGAGCAGCUGAUGUCACGCAUCACGUCUGCUCAAUUAGUCGAUGCUCCCGAAGCGUCAUGGGGUCAAAUUCCUGCUCAGGGGAACCUGUGCGGAGGUUAAACUCUGCUCCCAAAUAUUUAGAUGACGGCAUAUUUCCCUGUUCUGAAAUCAGAGAUAAAGAUGCUGUUUGUGUUUCUCUUGAAUUUACUAAGUCUCCGAGGGUCAAUUUCUUGUUUUUGAUGCAUGUUUUCCGAGCUUAAUAUCUCAUCUGUAUUCAAAGAACCGUCUUUUUCAAUUCAUGGAAAGUAAAAGUUAUUUUUUUAUUCUUCAAACAUUAUUCAUAACCUUGAAAGUCAUGUAUAAUUUAUCAGGAGACCGUACAAACACUUUCAGGGCGAAGACCUCAUUUAAUCUCUUGAGCUUCCUCUGCGCAAACUUUUUCACGCCAUAUUUAGAUCGACGUGUUGUUUAUUGAUCUCUCCGAUCUCCUGACUCGACAGAGGGAGAAGAGCGGUGAUGUCGGGGUCGGUGGAAGCAGCAGCAGUAGCUCUAUAGUCGCCCCCGGCAGCAGCGGCGGCGUGACGUCCGUAGGAGCGACCUCGGCCUCCAGCAGCUCCAUGGCCUCCUCGCUGGCGUCCAGUUUAACUUCUGGAGGUCACGGGGGUCACAUGGGGGAAGAGCCCAGCGACCUGGAGGAGCUGGAGCAGUUUGCCCGCACAUUCAAACAACGGCGCAUCAAGCUGGGAUUCACACAGGUGAGAAAGAGAGAGAGAAAGAUGUGAAGAUGUAGAAAUGUGAGUUUCAAAUCUGACACUUAUAAACCACAUCUGUGUCCGUCAGGGGGACGUGGGCGUGGCCAUGGGGAAGCUGUACGGCAACGACUUCAGCCAGACCACCAUCUCCAGAUUCGAAGCCCUCAACCUGAGCUUUAAGAACAUGUGCAAGCUGAAACCGCUGCUGGAGAAGUGGCUGAGCGACGCAGGUAAACCUCCACCAGAGCAGGUGUCCUUCAGUCCUUCAGUGUGUUCACGGUUUUAACCUGAAGAAUUAAGGAGGUUCAACUUCUGAAGAACAAAAUAUCAUUGAAGGGAAUCAGGAGGAAAAUGAAAAUCAGCAUGAAAUGAACAACGAUGUGACUCUGCAGUUGACCUGCAUACUUCAGUCAGUGCGUUUACAUGCACAGCCUAAUUGGACUAGCGGCGCUGUUUCCGACCCCAUACAACCGUCAAGAACUACAGUCCAUUACAUAAAUCUGUGUCAGACGUCAGAAGUGUCUACAACUGCCUUUGGGCAUUUUCCGAUCAAGAAGAUGGAGCAUCGUACAGCGUUGUUUUUGUCGUACACGAUGCACGCUACUUCUUUUCUCUGGUGUUUUUGCUCCGGGGUUACGGGGGCGUGGCUCACGUGCAUUGUCCGAUCAUACUCCGACUGAGCUGGUUACAUGGUAGAGAAAAUCAAAUUCCAAUCGCAUUAUCUGGGUGUCUGAAUCGGAGUUCGCACACUCCGAUUAUAGUCAGAUAAAGGUGUCUACAAGCACUUCAGUUGUCCAGUCUUAAUCGGAGUAAGACAAUAAUUCAGUUUUCUCGGGUGUCAUGUAAACGUACUGAGUGUCUCCAUCCCUCUCUGAUAGAAACCAUGGCGGUGGACAGCAUGCUGCCCAGCCCGUCCUCCAUCUCCUCCCCGCUGUUGGGUAUCGAGGGCAUGCCCGGCCGACGCAGAAAGAAACGCACCAGCAUCGAGACCAACGUGCGAGUGGCCUUAGAGCGCAACUUCAACACGGUAAGAGACUCUGAGCCGAAGACCUCGCUCCACUUGUUUACUUACAGACGCCUCUUGUUGUUUAUUAUAUAUCAUAUAUAUAUAUAUAUUGUAUCAUAUCAUAUCAUAUCAUUCAUUCAUGAUCCCGAUGUUUUCCUCCUCAGAACCAGAAGCCUACCUCGGAGGAGAUCCUGCUCAUGGCCGAGCAGCUCAACAUGGAGAAAGAGGUGAUUCGUGUUUGGUUCUGCAACCGCCGGCAAAAAGAGAAACGCAUCAACCCCUCCAGCAGCACCACCCCGCCCCUGCCCAGCCAGACCUCCCCGGUUGUGACGCACAAAGCCCCCUGCUACAGCCCGCACAUGGUACGGUCCAGAACUCACCUUUCUCUCCUUCGUCGUGUUGCAGCAGAAGUCUGCUUGAUGUUUGUUUCACAGACGGAUGGAUGUAUUUCAUCCUGACUUUUCUCUCCCUCCACAGAUAUCGAGUCAGGGUCUGUCCCAGGUCACCACCAGCCUCAGCACAACAGGUGAGCUGUAAUUACUGUUUGUGUCCGGUUGUCAAUAAAUAAUUAAAGGUUAGGGCAGCGCUCCUCAACUCUGUUUCUGGAACCCUGAGGUCGGCCACAGGAAGAUUAAACCGGUCCUGACAUUAUUUGGGAGAAGCUGAUAUUUCAGUUGUUGUCGGCGGUUUGAUGAAACACUGAAGAAUCGCUUUAAGAAGUGAUUUCUGAGAGAGAGAGAUUAAAAUAGAAAACAGUGAUGUUUUGUUGACGACGACACGGUCCCAUCUUGAGUUGUUUACCUCCGUGAGUCAUGAUUUAUAGAGCUCGACCUCGGCGUGAGUGAUCCCAGACUUCACCGAUAUGACAGAUGAUCUGACAGGUUACAAACACAGCUGGAAAUUUAUUGGCCCGUUGAGCCCGGCUUAAUACUUUCCUCUCUUUAACUCCGCUCUCUCCUCUCGUUGGAGUUCGACCACAGAUGAAAAACUGUGACUAAAGUCUUGAUUCAGUGACGUCACAUCUGUCUCCUCUUCUUUCCAGCUGCCAGCUCUUCUCCUUCAGCCUCCUGCCCCAUGACUCCUGUCAGCUCGGCUGCAGUCGGCUCCUCCUCUUCUGCUGUGACUCCGCCCCCUCAUAGCACAGCCAGCCCCGCCCCUCAAAGCCUUGGGGGCCAUGGGCUCAACACUGGGUGAGUGUUAACCUACAGUGACAGUGCGGUGGAUCUGAUCCUUUCUAAUCUAGACGUACUUUCAGGAAACUCGAACCUCUUUUUUUAGAGUUAUAUAAAAGUUCGGGUUUGCCUUUUAUCGCUGCUUUAAACGUAGCUUAAAAUGCUUUUGAAAUGUAAGAUAAUGCACUAAAACUCUAAUAACAAGCUGUUAAGAAGUAAACCAUCAGCUAUCUUUGAAUGAAAGCUCAAAAACUCAACCACCUGCAAUAAAAACAUGUUGAACUCGACAGCAGGUGAUUUACACGAUAAGUAGCUGCAUGUUGCGGAGAAAUCUCUGGUAUUCAGCAGUUAGAGGGCUGUCAGUUGGCUGCCACACUGGUCCGACGACAACUCUGCAUGUUCGCACACAUGCUAAGACACUAAAGGGGGAGUUCACGAAGAACCAACUCGCGCUUGCGUCAUUCGCCACCACUUUCUGACCCGUUUCGAAGAUGAUCAGUGACCGCUGCGGCGCUGAUUUUACGGUUUACUCUCCGGAGCAGGUUAGAGUUAGAAAAUAUGACAGCAAACGUUCAGAAAUCUGUUGUGUAUACCUCUUAACUUGAAACUGUUUCUCUACAUGCGUGUGUGUGUGUGUGUGUGUGUGUGUGUGUGUGUGUGUGUGUGUGUGUGUGUGUGUGUGUGUGUGUGUGUGUGUGGCCCAUCCACAUUCCAGGAACACAAUGAUGGGAGUAAGCACAGGGAUGAACCCGGCCCUCAUUGGCAGCAAUCCCCUGGCUACCAUGCAAGGUGUGUGUGUGUGUGUGUGUAUAAGUGUGUGUAUUGUGGCAUGUUUGUGUGUGCUGGUGCAUGCUGACCGUCCCCUCUGGCCCUCGAGAGUUUUCAUGAGUCUCAUUUCUAAAGACGGCGUCCUAUUUCACCCUUCAUCCAUUCUGUGUCCAAAAUGAAUUUCCUUGCAGCCACACUCCUCCUCCUCCUCCUCUUCCUCCUCCUCCUCUUCCUCCUCUUCUUCCUCCUUCUCAGCUUCAAACUUUCUGAAUCGCUCAGUAUGGUGAAAGAUUCAAUUUGAGUCUCAUACAAUAGUCCGCUAUUAUCGAGAAGUGACAACAGACCCUUAUGGCGAAGCUUAAGUCAGCUUACAGUAAACAGUUGAACAGGCACAAUCCCCCUCCCCCUGCCUCUCGAUAUCGAGACCCUGUUGGCUAAAUAACUAGUUUCACUCAAACCUCUCCUCAUAGAACGAGAUGAUCUGCUGCCAAAUCAAUUAAGCAUCACAAAUACGGUCGGUCCGGCCCGGCUUUGAAUCCGUCACGUGCUCCAUCUCCCUAUAGCGCAGAUCCAGACCAUCCCUCCUUUCUUCUCCCGCUCUGUCCGGCCCCCAUUCAGAGGCGGCCUCCUCCAGGCCAUGUGCUGAUGAGAAGGAUACAGUCUGUUAUGGAAACUGCCGCUCUGGCACUGCCGGCUCUGAUGGAGUUAGAGGCUAAAGGAGAGAAGAAAGAGGAGCCUCGCUGAAAAGAGAGGGAGGUUGAAAUGAAGCGUUGAUGUGAAAGGAUUUCUGGGAUACCUCUAGAGGCGACACACACACUCUGAAUGUUUACACUUACGGUGGUGUAAUGGAUCAAAGUGUCGACUAUUGCAAGAGAGUUUAAAAGUCGGCAGGUGUCUCUUUGCUUUGGUCUGAUAGACGGUUAAUCCGACAUGUUUGCUGCUUGACUUUUUUCAGAGUCGGUGUUAGUUACCACUGAAGUGAAAUAUAUGAAAUAACAUCUUUAUAUCCUUGUAGCAUCGACUGUAUGUGAAAACUUAUCUGAAAAAUCAUCUUUACAGCCUCUUAAAACUAAAAUAAACUUAAUUCUGAGAAAAACGACCGAUGACAUGAGACGUUAUGAUCAGAGCGAACUUUACUGACAGAAACCGUGUCGAAGAAAAAGGUUCCUGACUCACGUGAUUCAGUUUUACAGCCUGAUCCAUGUCCCAUCUGUCGACAUGGAUCAGACAGGCUUGAACCUGUACCGCAACCAGUCACCAGAGGGAGCUCUAACUGCGUUGGCUUCACUUUUUGGAGCCUAAACGCUAAAAACCAAAACAGCAUAUGAACAAAAUAUAAAAUCAGACUUUUUUGGGGAGAGUGUUGGUGACGAGCAUGAACAUCGAGAGUAAAACCACUCAUCUUUACUUCACCUGUGUUUGUCCUGCAUGUCCUAACAUCAUAUGAUCAAAUCCUCAUCACUCCAAGUGUCAACAGGAACAUUAACAUGACUAAAGGGCCAGUUCACCCAAAUAAAUAUGAAAUGACAAUUACACAUUAGUUUUCAUAUUAUCCAUUAAGUGCAGUAACAGAUUUGACAGUUUGAGUUUCAGUUCAUUCUCAGUGUGAUCUAUUUGGGUGAAUUGUUCCUUUAAUGAUCUCACUGAUCGAUACAGUUUAUUGAUGAUGAUGUUUUAAACUGUUUCUGAGAGCCGAUAGAUCAGAAUCUUCAUCCUUCGUCUCUCCAUCAUCGAUCACUUUUCGUCUCUUUAUUCUUCUCGUCGGUCGUCCCUCUUCCUCUUCCUCUUCCUCUCUUUCUAAAUUUUCCUCUCUUGUCUUUUCUGUGUGUCCACCCUCCCCGUCCUCGUCUGUCUGUCCUCCUUCGUCACUGUCCUCACGCCUCUCUUCCGUCUCCACCAGCCCUGGCGGCCAGCGGCGGUCAGCUGCCUCUCUCCAGCCUGGAAGGAGGAGCAGGCCACAUGCUCCUCGGCGGACCCGGGGGUCCUUCAUCCCUCCGCCCAUCUCUUUUCCUCAACCGCCCCACCCUCCUCCCCAUGGUGACCGGCUCCAUGGCGACAGGCUCCACGCCCGCCAUAGGGCUGGUCAGCGGUGGCGGCGGCGGCAUUGGUGCUUGCGGCCUGAGGCCCUCCUUCUCCCAAACUCCGCCCCCUGGUGCCAGCGACCUCAUGAGCCCGACCUCCUGCCCUGAGGAGUCCACGUCUCCUUGUUCAAGUCCCGCCUCUUUCUGUUCCUUCAGCGAGGCCUCGCCGCCGCCCCUGGGAGGGGCCAUGGCCGAGUGA